AUGGCAACUAUAGAAAAGCUGAUCAAAGCUUUUGAAGGCUUGAAAGUUUUUCAACCAAAUGCACAAACAGUUGAAGAUCCAAAGUAGGUGGAGAAAUUUCAACUUUUAAAAUAUUAUUGUUCUUGUUAUACUUCACAAGUCUUUAUUCUUCUACUAUAAUUGAUUUUUGAAACGGUAACACAAUCACUGAAUAAUUUUUUAAUAAUAAAUAUACAAUGGGGAUGUUAGGAAAAUGGUAGCAAAACUCAUUAAUAGGCCUAUGCUUGGCAUUUAGGGAUACAUUUUUCCAUUUAUUGUAUAAAAUUUUAUAUACAGAAAAAAAGAUCAAAACUUGCCUACCAAGAAAGACAAGAUGCUUCAUUGCAAUAUUGUUGCUGACUGCAUGUGCUCACCUAAUAUGAGGUAAAAAUUAAAAUUAAGUGGACACAUGACUUUUUUAAUUAUUUCAUUUAUCUUUAAAAAUGAAUUUAGUUUUUAAAAUCAAAAGUUCUCUUUACCCACUAUGCAUUAUUUAUAUAAAAUAAUUGUAUUAUUUUGAAUCAAGUAUUUUAAAAUUGUAUUUUGUGGCUUAUAUAUUGACCUACAUUUAAAUGGCUUUAUAACAGAUAUCACUAAUGUCAUUAAAAUAUAAUAAAAAGCUAAAAUAAGUUUUCAAAAAAAAAAAAGUUACACAAUUACACCUUGAAACUCUGGGAACAGAGAAAAUAGCUAAUUUAAAAGCUUUCCAUACUUUUGGAACCAAUGUUUUUCAUAAACUUGCUUGAUAAAAUAUGAGGUGGUCAUCUAUUAAACUAUACACUGGGUUCCCUACAGGACUAUUGCUGAUUUUCCGAAGUUUUUAGGCAUUGCCAUGGAAAGUUUUCUCACUCUUUGUGAUGAUCCAGAAGCAGAUGUCCGCAUGGUGGCAGAUGAAUGUUUGAACAGAACCAUAAAAGUAAUCACUCAGUCCCUUAUAUUGAAGUGUAAAAAUUUAGAAAAGCAUAUUUUUGUACAAAAAAUGUAAAAUACUCUUUUUUGGAGUAGGAUUGGUGAAUUGGGUAAAAGAAUAUUUCAGCAUGGUGUGUUAGCCUUAAUUAAAAGUGUAAUCCGUUUUAGCACUUGUAAACAUAUAAUUAUUUUUGUUUUUCCUGUGUUUCUUAUUAAGGUUCUCCUGGAAACAAAUCUAGGGAGGCUGCAGGUAGAGCUUUAUAAAGAACUGAAGAAAAAUGGACCAUCAAGAAGUUUAAGAGCUGCACUGUGGAGGUUUGCUGACAUGUGCCAUCUGAUCAGGCCACAGAAAUGCAGGUAAAGGGAUAUAUUAAAAAAAAUUCAUAAUCAUUUUUGGUACACACGCAAAAUAAAUGUUUUGUUUUCUUUUUUAAAUACUAUUGACCUCCUUAAAUUAAAAUAUUGUUACUUAUGAGAGAAACUGCAAUAUUAAUUAAACAAAUGAUUAUCAAAUAGAGUAUAUAACCAAUCAAAAAGGUCAAAAUAACUUAUUUUGCAGACCUUACAUAGUGAACUUAUUGCCAUGUGUAGCCCGCAUUUGCAGAAGAGAAGAAGAAGCGGUUCAGGACACUUUAUCUAUGGCAAUGCCUAAGAUUUGCUCGGCUUUGAUGCCCUUUGCCAAUGACACAGAAGUGAAGGUCAGUGUAAUCAUCUAUGUUACAUGGAAGCAAACAUAUGUUUUUACACAACUGCUAAAAUAUUUAAGUUGCAGUAGUUUUAAUUUGAAUGACAUGUUCAUUGCAAUAACACAACAGCUAAUACAUUAGAUAUUUUUUCUGUUUACACAUUUUUUUAAGGCUUUGUUGAAGUCCUUCCUGCCAAACCUUAAAUCGAAUUCCGCUGUCUGUCGAAGGAUGUCUGCCAGCAGCCUAGCAUUAAUAUGUCAGCAUUCCAGGGCGCCCCUGUCUUUUUUUAACUACCUUAUUGGUGUCCUUCUAGGUAAGUCAUAAGCCUCUGUAAAUUAAUUGAAGGGCUUCUGGGUGAUACAGUCAGUAAGUUACAGAACAAGAGGAUUAAGGGGUUCUAAUUCCAUCUGCUCUAAAUUUCAAUGGGGAAAAUAGCAUUAUAAAUCAGAUGUACUUAGUGAAUCAUGGUACACCAAAACACUUAACUUUGUCUUGUAUCAGAAAAAAAGAUACAGCUACCAAGAAAAGAAGAAAUAAAACAAUUAUUUAACAAAUUAUUUUCAGAAAUGAUUUGAAUUAUGUGCAGUGAUUGUCACUGAUGAUAAACAUUUCCUUCAUAAUCUUAAGUAAAUAUAAAAACAAAUUAAUUGAAUUAAAUGCAGAUAAGAUAAAUGAAAUAAAUUAAAACAAUUAAACAAUAUUAAAUUUUCUUCUUUACAUUAUGAUGAGUAAAUUAUGUUAUGUAAUUCUUUGCUUUUUGCCUAUACAAAUCUUUAAAGAAAUUCAAAUUUUUUGAAUGCUCAUUUACACGAUAGAAAUUAUUGUUCUUAAAGGAUGCAACUGAUGGUUUUAAAAUAGAAAUGUUGGUUUUAAAAUGUCAUUUUCAUAUUUACUGCUUAGCCCUUCAGUAUUAGACAUUGCUUUUAGGAAUUCUAAUACCUGAUAUCUGAUUUAACAAAUGCUUAAUUAUAUUUUAUUUUAUGAUUUCAGGGCUACAUUUUAAGCUUAUCUUGCACAUUAACAUAUUUACCAAUUAUUCUAGAGAUGAUAUUACCCGUGGACAUUGAUCACGAAGUACCCACUCUCCUUGGUGUGAUCCUCUGUCUCCGUCAUUCCAUACCCCACCUGGUUCCCUCUAAUAAUAAAGAUCAAGGUCUUAAGGACAGCUUUGGCUACAGAGAAUCAGAAGCCGAACAAGCCAUUGGCGAGGAAAAAAUGGUUAAGGUACUAAUGGUGUCACUUUAAAUUAUUCUCUAUCAGAAUACUUUCAUAUAUUACAACUUUUUGUGUACCACAAAUUAAAGUUUAAAAUAUUUUCGUAUUUUGAAACAACCUAAUGAUUCCUUUUGGAACCAAGUUUUCAACUUUAAAAUGUUUCUCUUCAGAUUUUGCAAGCUUUGCUUCAUUACUCAGGUCACAGUGACCACAAUGUCGUCACUGCUGCUCUUGAAUCUUUACAGCAGCUUUUGCGUACUCCACCUCCUAUAUUGAGAAAAAUGUUGCUCACACGAGGCAGCAUUUCAAGAACAUAUAUAUUCAUUCAUGAUUUUGAGGAAGAGGACCAGGCACGAAUAGAAAGUGAGCAGCUCAUUUACUUUGUGGGAAUUUUAAGAAGUAACAAAGAGAAAGUAUCAUGGUGCCUUGUCCCUAAACCAUUUUGAAGGUGUAGUUCAAUAUGCUGGAAAUGUAUUAAGGGAAGCAUUUCAUUGUUAAUAAUUAUAAAAUACUUUUAAAAUUUCUUGAAUGAAUUUAUACCACUGUACAAGACAAUCCUGCAUCAGCUGUGCAUGUCUUCAACCUUAGUGUAACAAAUUAGAACUUAGACAUGGUGGGGUGCUUUGAAUAUUCCUAAAACUUAUUGCUGAAAGUUAACUAAAAAAUUGGGCAUCAUUUUAACUUGUGUAAUUAAAUAUUACAAUUUAUUUUAUUAUUUAAAAAAUAAGUACAUGCAAUUAUAAUUUUGCAAAGAAAAUAAUAUUGGUUUGCUUUUGCUUUUAAGUAAAUACUAUUUAAUUUAUUUUGGACACAGGUGUAGUGGACUUGACAUCAAUGUCUGAUGAUGCAAAUUUAGAUGAGGAUGCGGACUUAGGGUACACCAACAGUCAUCCAUCUGCACGAAAGUCUAAUACUUCUGGUUUAAUGUCAGAAUUUGAAGCAAAGUCUGCAACCUCCCAGUCAAGGUGAGUUGAUAUCUUUCGUGUCAGUCUAUUUAUUUAUUUAUUUAUUUAGGCAUUUUUAUAUAGCGCUUAUCAUAAAGCUCUAAGCGCUUUACAAUUAUUAAAACAUGUAAACUAAGUAAAUACAAAUGAGACACUAGGAUAGUAACUACUAUUGUAUAGAAACAAUGAAAAUGGCUAUAAAACGAGGACACUUUGACACUUCAGGAUCAACCCGAAACAGAAAAUGAGGUAGGGCAAGGAGGGUGCAUCACAGGUCAUAGGCGGACCUAAACAGAUGAGUUUUAAGGGACUUUUUGAAAAUGGACGAGGUUUCACUAUGACGUAUAUGAAAGGGGAGCUGGUUCCAGAACGUGGGCCCAUGGAAGCAGAAGGAGCGUUCACCGAUGGUCUUAGUUUUAGUUCUUGGGAUUGAGAGGGUUCUACUGUCAAUGGAAGAACGUAGUUGUCUUGUGGGGAUGUAAGGAAGCAACAGUUCAGAGAGAUAGACAGGAAAGUGAGGGUCAGUGAAAGAGUUGAAGCAAAGAUUGGCAGACUUGUAUUUGAUGCGAGAGGAUAUUGGAAGCCAGUGGAGUUGCCGCAUGUGUGGUUGAAUGUGGUCAUGUUUCUUUGAUUUAAAAAUGAGUCUGCAUGCUGAGUUCUGUGCCUUCUGAAGUUUUUCUAUGUGGUGUUGAGGAAUGCCUGAGAGAAGAAUGUUACAGUAGUCAAAUUUUGAAAGAAUGAGUGAAGAGACGAGAGUUUUUGUGGCAUCAAAGGAGAGGAGGUGUCUAAUGGUGCUGAUUUUUCUAAUUUCGUUAUAUGCUGAUCUGCAUAUAUUCGUGACAUGUUUCUCCAUGGAGAGGGUGUCCGUAAGCGUGACUCCAAGGUUUCUAUUCGUUCUUUGUUUCAGUCUAUCCUUUCUCUGUGUCGGUCUCAUAUUUCUUUGUUUCAGUCAUUCUUUCUUUGUAUCAGUCUAACUUUCUUUGUGUUACUCUAUUCUCUCUUUGUAUUACUCUAUUCUUUCUCUAUGUCAGUCAAUUCUUUCUCUGUAUCGGUCUAAUCUUUCUCUAUAUCAGUAUAUUCUAUAUCAGUAUUAAUCUAAUUUUACUCUGUAUCAGUGUAUUGUUUCUCUGUAUUAGUCUAAUCUCUGUAUCAAUCUAGUCUUUCUCUGUAUCAAUCUAGUCUUUCUCUGUAUCAGUCGAUUCUUUCUCUGUACCAGUUGAUUCUGAAGUGGAGAUAUCAGCUUUUUUCAUGUUUCAUUCGAGUUGAAGCUAAAGCUAUACCAUAUAUACCCUUUCUAAAGCUGAUGGUUAUUAGAUAGAUUUCAGUGAAAUAAGUUGGGUGGUUGGGGUAGUGAAGUGAUCAUGUCAAAGGAGAUUUUCUCCAGGUUCAUUGAAUUAUGAAAUUGUUAUUGUAGUUUGUCAAGGUUCAAGCCUGCUGUAUGCUCUAUGAGAUUCAAAUAUGUUACCAGAAGCUUUAAAUAUUUAAAAAACAACUAUGCAGGAAGUAGAUAGUAUCACAAUUCGCUCAACAUAAUAAAAUUAGAUAAUAAAAGUAGAUUACAAAAUAUGUAAGGCUGGCCUUCGCAUCUCAUCCUAGAUUAUUCUUUGGUAUGAUGUUGCUUACACUGGCAUAUUAUUUUAUGGGGUUGACUUAUGAGCAGGUUAUAUACUUAUCAGGCUUUUACCAUCCAGAAAUAAGAGGUAGGCUUAUGAUCGUACAGGCCUUAGAAUGUAUAUAUUUGGUACAUAUAUUUGGUAUAUUUGGCUAGUGGAAAUAAAUUGAUAGUAUAUUAUUGCCAAAUCUUAAAUGAAAUAAUUAAAUUAAAUAGACUAAUUAAUUUCUUUAAAAAAAUAUUAUCUCUAUAAAACUGAAAUGAUGUUGUUUCUCUCCAAUGUUUUGAAAGACUAGCUGCAAGUUUGACUGAAAGUAACGUUGGAUAUAAUGAGCUUGUCAACAAUGAUGCCAUUUUGGUGACAGACGGUACAGACUACUCAGGGGUGGAGAUUGGAGAUUUAAAUGAGGAGCGGUCUGAAAUGUCUGCUACAUCAGGUUAGUUUCUGUGUGUGCUAUCUUGUAGAUUUGAAUUUAAAAUUGAUACUAAAUCAAAAUGUAAUUACUUUAUUUUUAAUUCACAAACUGCAUCUGUUGUGUAUUUAAAAACAACUGAUAAAUUAUUGCUUGUUUGAACUUCCACUGUUACCAGGAAUGUCCCACAGCGACAGCAUUGAGACUCUUCAGAGUGUUCGUAGCAUCAGUCCCCACCUUGCCUACACCCCACCUGUUCAAUUGCUGGGCCAUGACAUGAAUGGAAACCCUCAGAUUGUUGUAUACCCCGGGGAGGAUGCAGCCCCACCCCUGAGUCCUAACCCUGCCCUAGGGGAACCCCUUGAGCAGGUACUCAUUACAUUUCAAGGGAGAAAUUAAGCUAAUAUUUGAAGUUUCUCAUAAAGUAUUUAUCUUAGGGACCUGUUAACUUUUAACCUUGAUGCAGUUGAUGAACUUAAAAAUGUCUAAUUUUAUUUAAUUGAAGGUUGAUUAAAAAAAAUUAAAUUUGUAUCAGUGUAGUCUUUUUAAACUUUUGAAUGCUUGAACUUUGGAUAUUGUUAUGUACUUUAUUCGAAUUCCUUGUUCUAUUAUUUCUUCUAAUUAUUUUAAAAAUGUCUUUUUUUACUUUUGAUCCAUUCCUCAAGAUAAAUAUUGAGCAUGAGUCCCUCCAAGAAGAUGAGGUACCUCUUCUCUUUUAUCUGAGACUUCUGUGCAAACGGUUUCUGCUCACAGGCGUCACAGAUGGCCUGGUCACAGAUAAACAGGUCAGGGUCAGUCUGAAGUCACUGGCCUUGGGCUGUGUUUCCUGUAGCUUGGCCUUGUGUCCUAGGCUUUUCCUCUUCAAGUUGUGCCCAACAGCAAACAAUGCAGGUGAACUAUUAUUGAGAUUUGUUUUCACCAGUGACAAAAGAUUAUUACAAAAUUCAGAUAUGAUUUACAGUUUUAAAGUUAUAAAUCAUGAUCUGCCAGUGCCAGGGUGGAUCUAGGAAUGGCUCAAAGUAUGAGGGGUUGGAGGGGGGGGGGGAAAUGAUGAUGCAAGAUGUGGGCGGAGCAUGGUUUUAUACAUUUUGUGUUCCUUAUAUACUGAGUAAAAUGUAAUUGAUGGAUUUAGAUGUCAAAAAGUUGUUUUUAUGUGUAUCAGAUCACAGACUUUGGCAAAUACCUUCCUGGUUCUUAAAGUCUUACAUUGUAUUUUUUUAUCCUAAAACAGAUAAUAACUUGAGCAAAUGAAUAACUUGAGCAAACGAAUAACUUGAGCAAACGAAUAACUUGCGCAAACGAAUAACUUGCGCAAAUGAAUAACUUGAGCAAAUGAAUAACUUGAGCAAACGAAUAACUUGAGCAAACGAAUAACUUGCGCAAAUGAAUAACUUGAGCAAAUGAAUAACUUGUGCAAACAAAUAACUUGAGCAAAUGAAUAACUUGAGCAAAUGAAUAACUUGCGCAAACAAAUAACUUGAGCAAAUGAAUAACUUGAGCAAAUGAAUAACUUGAGCAAAUGAAUAACUUGAGCAAAUGAAUAACUUGAGCAAAUGAAUAACUUGAGCAAAUGAAUAACUUGAGCAAAUGAAUAACUUGAGCAAACAAGUUAAAGAACCAAACAAGAGUUUACUGGUAUUAAUUCUGUUAAUUAUUUAAAUAUAUAGUCCAAUAUAAACAACAAACCCCAUUAAGUAUUAUGAUAAUAAUAAUAAUUAUAAUUAUCUUAGCUUUACUGUAUGUUGUGGAUAGUGUAAAAACUAAUCUAAUUCUAUUCUAUUAUACUGCAAGUCCAAACCCUAGCAAAUCUUCAAAUGAAUUUGUCAAUCAGGUUUUUGUAACUGUGUUCUAAAUAUACCAUUCUAAACACAACUACUUUAUAGUAUGUUAUAUCUAACUUUUAAAAACAGCCACUCACUAUUACUAUUUUCCCCAGUGAUUAUGUCCUCUUAUUAGCUGUUAACAACCAUUCUUAUUCACAUAAUAGUUUUAACUAUGCAAAUAAUUGAGUCCCAGACACAAAAUGCCUUACCGCCUCUCCUCAUUCUUAUAGAUCAAUUCAACUAUCCUUUACAUUUGCUCAACUUAAGCUCUUAAAGGGUAUGUGAUGAAUUCAUGUCAUAUGGGCACAGUUUUUAUCUCAUCAUUAUAUUUAUUUGUGAUCAGAAAAGGUUAAAACAAAGGGAACUUUUUUUAAUAUGAAAAAAUUCAUAAUUUGUGAUUUUUUAAAAAUCUGAAAUUUUUGAAUUGCCUUCAUAUUUAUUGAUUGUCUCCAUCACAAAAAAACACACACCUUUUGUUCCAGAGGGUAUCUAAAAAAACUUUAAAAAGCUAAUAUUCCCCCAAAUAUGACAUAUAAUAUUAUUUGUAAAUUAGUGCUAAGUGAUUGAUCCUUUGAAUAUUACCAUUGGCCGGUAGUCUGUGACUAAGAAUAUGUUAGGAAACACUUGAUUUAUUUAUUGUUUGAAGGUAAUGACCAGAACCUACAAGAUACUACACUGUAUGCCAGUCACCCUGACCACCAGCUGAAAGGUCAGACAGCUGUUGUUAUUGGCAGUUUCAUACGGGCAGCUCUUAUCGAAGGCAGGGGCAAUUUUCACCAGUGGAUAGACUCUCACAAGCCUCCUGAACAAAGUAGGUUUUCUUUUUCUUUGAUUUUAUAGAAAUCUUGUAACAUAGGAAAUAGAAUUGUUUUGUUUCAUUCUAAUUCAGGGGUGGGAAAACUUUUAUAGCUGCAAGCCAGUUUCAAGAGGUAACAGAGGCAUAGGAGUCAUAAGUGAUGAAAGCCGGUAUUGGGGGUUGCGUUUGACUGGAAUCAUAAGGAAUUUAUUAUUUUAAAAUGUAAAAAUUAAUAUCAAACAUAAUUGGAAUUGCUAUUAAUUCAAUUAAUAAAUCAUUAUAAUUAAAAAAAAAUAGAAAAGGAAAACAAGGCAAUAUAGUAGUGAUAUCUGCCAUCGAAAUUUUAAAUUACAUGUUCAUUUUUUUUUUAUUUUCCAUUUUAAUCAUAAUAAAACUUUUUUAAAAAAAGGAGUGUGAUUCAUUCAAAACAGAGGCGUAAGCCAGAAUUGGCUCGCUAGCCAUAGCUUGAAUGGUAAAAAAUUCUUUGUCAUUGGUAUGGAUGAUUUGAAUCGUUUUUAAAAUAAAUUCUUUUGGUUGUUUAUUUAAAGGUGUCUUAUCACUGGAGGCCCUUUUGAAGAUCAUCAUUAACAUUCUAGAGGACGAAUCGGCUGUUGCUGUUCGAGCUGCACUCAUGGCAUUGCAGAUGUGUUUAAGUUACCUGAUGGAUAGUUGUCAUGGUCGUCUGGGCUUCCGUAUUCUUCUGGAUCUUCUCAUCGUCAAAACCAAUCCUUACUGGCUGGUGAAGGUAAAAACCCAUUGUAAAUAUUUUUAAGAAUUUACUGAAUAAUCUGAAAAUUUGUGAAAAAAUUUAAAUAAAAUGUCAGGCUUUACAUAAAUAAAAAGUUUCAUGUAUUGUUAGUGCUUAGUUCUGUAACAAAUUUACCUUUUACAUUACUUAUAAUUUCAAUAAUGGUGUCUCCUGUCAAUAUUUGUUUACAAUAUCAGUUGUUUUAGGCAGCUUGUUUCUUUUAGUUAUUUUUUAUUAAAUCUAUUGAACCAUUUAUGUACAUGAUGUGAUAAAGUUUUUGUUUAUUAUGUGUUCCUGUCAUGUUUAGAAGUAAAAAAAAUAGUGUCAUGAACAGUAUUCCAAUAUAAUAUGUUUUUACAGGUGGAGUUGUUAGAACUUAUUGCUGGUCUCAAUUUCAAGGUAAUCAGUUACCUGGAGUCUAUAUCCCCUGACAUAGCAAGAGGAGAUCACAAUUUCCUGGGCGUAAGUUCAAUAAGAAAGGAUAUCUUCACAAUUCCUUAAUACUGACAACAAUAUUUUAAAAAUUAUUCGAUAUCUUGACACUUGGCUCUUCCUUAAUACAGUUUUGUAUUAGUGAAAAUAUAUAGGGAUAUAAUAAUGGAAAACAAUUAUUUUACCUUUUCUCCGUGACAGCAACAGAAAUUUUAUCUUAAAUAAAUGUAACAGUUUCUGAGAGUUGAAACAUUUCCCCCACAGAGGAUGUGCUUACAAGAACAUAUAUUUCAAGAGAUUGUCAUUCAGCUGCUGGGAGAUGAGGAUCCCAGAGUGCGUGCAGCAGCAUCAGCUGCAAUACUUAGGUCUGUUAUUUGAUGGGAUUAUUGACAUUUUAUGAUCACUGCCUGGGUCUGACCAAUUUACCCUUCCUUUUUGAAAAUGAAUCAGAAUCCAUUUUAUUUUUGUAUAUUCACUCUUGAAGAAAGUGGCUCUAGAAAGUAUUAAUUGGUUAUCCAAAGAUAAUUGUAGAAGUUAAUUCCCUUUUGUUAUAGACAUUGUUCAUGCUGUCAUCUUUUAACAUCUUGUUAAAAAAUAUAAAUUUGAAAUGCCUACAAUAUUUUUUUUAAUUGAUAAAAAUAAUAAAAACAAUACAAAACUCUAUUCCUCUCCUCAGAAUGGUCCCAACACUGUUUUUUGGGUCAGACAGUCCUCAGCAAGACCCUGUCCUGUCAGUGGCCUCAGAUUUAACCCAACAUCUGCUCACACCAAUCAUGAAUCCUAUCAUGGCAGGCCAGCUGCCGCCACUGGUCCAGGGCCUAAUGAAGCCCUAUGCUUUUGACAUCUUGCAAGAAAUUGAUCCAAGUACAGAAAGUGCUCUGUCACGAGUUGUUCAGCAGUUGCUGCAUACUUUGUUGAUGUCUCAAUCUAAAUUUGUCACCGUGAGUUUUUCUUCUUAGCAAUAAAUUGAAAUACAUUUGCAUUUAUUAAAACUGUUGUUGUUUGUCCUUCCCAUGUGAAGAUGACCAAGGCUUUAUUACACGGUGAGUAGGCAGGUGGCCUGCCAGUCCUAUUUGUGACUGGAAAGUUUUCCCAACACUUGUUUUGGUCCUUGUAGGAUUUGAGCAGAUUUUUCUUUUCCUGACCCUACACUUUUUUUGGGCAUUAGCGUUGCGCUUAUUCUCAGAGGAUUUUGCUCCAACAGAGUCUGCCAUGCCAGCUUGCAGGGUCCAUAGCGAGUGUCUCACACUAAUCAAGGUCAAGGAGAACUAGGAAUUUGUCAAGACAUUACUACAUCUUUUUUUCAAUUAGGGAUUAGUAUACAAGCACAAGGCCUUACCCUUCUUUUUUAAGCUUUAGAUCCAUUGAAGUUAUAGAAAUACCUUUUUUGGUCUUUGGUAAAUAUCGUUUUACCCUCUGAUUUCUGAUUAAAAAUUUUUGGCUAAAAAUUGUGGUGGGGGUGGGGGAGGGGUUGGGCAAAGGUGGAUCUUAAAUUGUAUAAUAGCUGAUGUUGUAAAAAAAUAUGAUUCCUUCAAAAUCCUACUGGGAAUAUUUUGAAAAUUAAACUGUGACAACAGUCGAACAAUAAAGUGUAAAAAUAAAAUUUUGUGAAUUUCCAGAGUGGUUGUUGUCUAGCUCUGUGUAGACUGUCGGAAGAAUACCUUGUCACACAGUAUGCGUCAUCUUGGAGUUGUGGUCCAGCCAAGCCUAUAGCUUCAAAGGAAAGAGUGGAGAAGCUGGGGAUGAGAAGACCUCCCAGUAGAUCUCUCAGUGCUUCUAGGUGACAUCUUGGUUUAGAUAUUGUUUUAAAUUUAAUAAUCGAAAAUUAAGGCUGCCUUGGAAAUUCCAAUACAAAUAAAAUCUAACGAAUUCUACAUCUUUUGUCAUAAAGUAAGAUUUCUCCUCUGUUAUGGAGUUGCCAGGUGUCAAGUAAUGUUUUGCUGGUGGGUUUGUUUUAUUGCAUUUGCUUUCUUAUGUAUUCCCUCCUGACGUGUUUCAUCAUCUUACAGUUUUUAAUGUCUUUUUAUAAUUAACAUAUUUAUUUUUAUCCCUUUUCAGCAUGGAUGAGUUGACAUCAGCCAGUGGUGGGGGACCCCUGCCCAUUGUCUUGUCUCUAAUGUUGUCAUCACAGGCAGGUCUUGAACUCACCACCCAUCAGGAUCUACUUGAACUUGCUGGGAAUCUAGUGUGUGGUUAGUAUAACAAUCAAAACCUGGUAAAUGCAAUGAAAGAUAUUAAUCUUCUAUCAACUGUCAGUGAAAUUAUUGUCAGGUCUCCAGCUGUAUAAUAAAUAACAUUAUAGGUAUGAGAUGAUUAAUUUUUUUAUUGAAAAUCUGAUAAAGAUGUAUAUAAAUGAUGCUCUACUGCAGCAGUGCUCAACUUGUAGAUACUAAAAUAACUUGUAAAAUAGGAAAAAAAUAAAAGCCAAUAAAUAACAUUAGCUUAAUCUGCUUCAAUUAAUUUUUUUAGCUAAUUUAGGGAAAGUUGGGGAGGGUGGGGGUAGUGUGCUACUCAAAAAGGAAAAGUCUAAUCAAGGGGUACGGAAGAAAGAAAGGUUGUGAAACACUGCUCUAAAUCAAUCAUGUAACAGGUGCGGCUUACAAGAAUCUACGCCCAAGUGAGGAUACUGAGAAGCUAUCUGGCUCUGGAGAUGAUGGACAUUGGGCAGCUGUGGCAGACAGAUUUUUGGUGCCAAUGAUCGUGCAGCUAUUCACACACACAGCUAGGUAUAACAUUAUCUCCAUCUCAUUGAUAUGGCCUUUAUGAUGCUUCAGCUGUAGCAGCAUUUGUUCAUUUUAGUAAAAAUACAAUCACACAAUCUCAUCGAAAAAAAUUAUAAUUAUUUUAAAAAAUUUUCUAUUUAUGCUUUCUAAUCAAAUGAAUACACAACGAGGCAAUGUAAUGAGUAAUAAAAAAAAAGUCGUAACAUUUUCCUUUCUGAGAUAGAAUUAAAAAGGUGAUAUUUUUUUAAGGCUGCUAAAUGCCUGCACACAUGCUAUAGAGGAAACAAUGCCUGGUCCACCACAAGUUAAACCAUCUCUACCGUCAUUGCCAAAUGCUGCCACACUUAGUCCUGUAAGGAGAAAGAUGAAGGGAGAGAAGGAGACUAACCCACCUGGUCCUGGUGCGUCACCUGACCAAAAAUCAGGGCAGAAAACCCCUGGGAAAGGUGAGCCUUUCAUAAAUGGCUUGUGAUAAAAAAAAUGUGUCUCAUUUUUUCAUUGGUUUAAAUUUUUCUCAUUUUGUCUCUGGUCAAUAUUUGUCUUUUUUUUUUUUUGGUCAUUUUUUUGCAAAAGACAAUUAUUAAGUUUAAAAGAUAUUUUUUUAUUUUUUUAUAAUGAAUUCUUGUAUGAAAUUUUAUCUUUGUCAUUUGGUAAAUGAUAAAAAUGUGUAUCAUAUUUUCAUUGGUUUAAUUUUUUCUCCUUUUGUCUCUGGUCAAUAUUUGUCUUUUUUUUUUUUUUGGUCAUUUUUUGGCAAAAGACAAUUAUUAAGUCUAAAAGAUAUUUCUUUAUUUGUUUAUAAUGAAUUAUUGUAUGAAAUUUUAUCUUUGUCAUGUGGUAAAUGAAGGGCUUUAUUUAACAUAUAGUAAAGACUGGGGAGACGUUUCUAUUGCAAUAGUAUUGUACGCUGUUAAAUGUUUGAUAAUUAUAAGGCCCAAAUAAACCACACAAACUUGACCUGGGUUCAGCUGUGGGAAUCAUGAUGUCAUUCAAAAUUUGCUUUCAGAUCAAAAAGAUUCAGAAAAGGACAGGAACAGAAAAGAUGGCAUUGGCUCAUUCUACAACAUUCCACAGUAUGUGAAACUCUUUGAAGUUCUCAGAGGUUCCUACUCAAACUUCAAGGUGGGUUCUGUUCCUGUUGGGCUCACAUGCUGACUUCAGUCCUCACUAUGCCUGUAUAGCUGGGAAUAAUUGAAAUAAAAUACUUUGAGUAAUGUUGAGGAAAAAAAACUGACACCAUGUCUUCUGUCGUCAUGGUUAGAAGGUCUUUCACAUAACUUGUUUAUUAUAUUAGGUAUCUUAUUUAAUUUAUGUUUCAAAAUGUUUACAAUUUUGUUUUUUUAAAGACAUCUCUAGACCUGACAAGCUCAGACAAGUUCUGCACCAUGUUACGGACAACUCUGACAGUUUUAUCACAGCUUUUAGAAAUCGCUACGCUGUACGACGUUGGCAAGGUCACAGAUGAAAUUCUUGGCUACCUAAAGGUCACAAUGGCACUCGAGCCUACCUGGACGGUACUGUGUGUUCAGCAGGUAACUUUCAAAUUCUCCACUAAUUAGUACUGUAGUACCAGGGUACAUAGUUUCAUGAACUGACCACUGUCCUCUCACACUUUCUAGACCUCUUCUCAUUUGUAUGCUUACUUUAUAUCUUAAAAAUAUCUUCAUGGCAAUGAUUACCUGUGUACAACCUAAUUUGGAGUACAUAGAUUUGAUUGAAGGGUUGUUGAUGCAGUAAUUUCAUGACUAACAGGAUACCCAUCCCAUUUUCAGUUAAAAAUUGUAAUGGUGUGAUACUUGUAAAGAAAAUAAUCUUCAAUGAAAUUACACCUAUUAAACACGACAGGGCCUUAUUAUCCAACAGUUAUUAGAUAAAAGACUAAUCGCUAAUCAGUACCACUGUGUGACUUUCAUUCCAGUUGCUGAAAGCCUUGUUUGGAACUAACAUGGCCAGUCAGUGGGAUUCGAACAGCCAAUCAGCAACAUCACUGACAUCAGACCUGGGCGCCCGUGUUGCCGGGGGAUCAAGUCCCGGCCUCUACUACUACUGUCUCAACAAACCUUAUGCUCAGUUGGCCCAUUGUCUGGUAGGAGCUGCAUGCAGAGCCACACUACCAGCUGAUGAAGCUCAUGGGUAUAAUUCUGUUUUAUAUGUCUGUCUAUAUUGCAGUAGCAUAAAAUAAAACAAAGGUAUUUCCUCAACUUAACCAUCCUGUGAAACCAUAUAUUUAAAUGUUUCUGUGGUCAUUUAAAAAAAAUUUUUUUUUAUUUACAUGGUUUAAAAAGAUAUUGAUUUCUAUUACAAUUAUAAUAAAAAUUCAUGACAAUUUUUCCACUUGAUCUCCAAUUUGUAGCUCCCUCCUCUGGUUGAAACAGAGAGUAGAUAGGAAGCUCCCAGCUAUCCUCAAACCAACCAGCAAAGUUGAUAAAGUAAGAUUAUAUCUUUAUCUUCAACCUUUUAAAGGUUUUUCAUUCCUGAAUAUUUUAUUAUUGGUAAUCACGAUUGUAGAUUUUCUACUUGAACAUAUGCAUCUGUAAUAGCCGUAACUUUUUAAUUAGGUUAAUCAAAAUUUAGAAGUCAAAGAAUUGUAAGAAGCAUACUUAUAAAUAUUCAGACCAUUAUUUUUUAAAGCAGACAUAGACAGCUUUGCAUAAACAAGUUUGUGUUUUCUAUACAUAUUUCCUCACAAUCUUUAUCUCACACAACGGACAAUCUGUGAAUUACAUCAAAUAUCAAAUAUAAAUAUCAAAUUAUUAAAAAUAAAUUUGUAUUUUAGGUGUCUUAAUAAAUAGAAUAUAUUAAAAGAAACAUUUUGCUUAUUUUCUUCAACCUCUUGUUUCAGGCUGUGAUUGGAUCUUACAUUCGAUUAUUUGAACCUCUGGUUAUUAAAGCUCUCAAACAGUACACAGUCACGUCAAGUCUCGAUUUACAAGUAUGUCUAUUAUUCUCUAAGUUUUUCAUGUUUUUUUUAAACACAUUUUAUACCUGAUAAUAGCAGAGUAGAGCAUUCAAAAAUUAGUAAAUAUAUUUUAAAACCAGAAUGUUAAAUGCAUGAUCAAAUCACGCCAUUGGAAACUUUCAAGAUAAAUUCCAUAUGUUUACUCUCAGUGCCAAGUUCUGGCCCUGCUGGCUCAGCUGAUACAACUCAGAGUCAACUACUGCCUUUUGGAUUCUGAUCAAAUCUUUAUUGGCUUUGUCAUAAAACAGUUUGAGUAUAUUGAGGAAGGCCAAAUUAGGUUUGUCAACGGCAUUUGUGAUUUACAAAUUAUUUUGUGUGUGAUAAAGUAGUCCAUUUUUAAGGAUAAAACUUCCAUGAAGUAAACAAUUGAAUGUUUUGUGUUAUAAGUUGAAAGUCAGUUGAAUGUUAAUUUUACAGCUUUUUAAAUUCUUCCACUUGAAUAUUGUGUAUUGAUCUCAUUAGUUAAAAUGAUUUCAGUAUUUUUAUAUGACAUAAAAUAAACCUAAAUUUAAUAUUUUUUCCCCUCAGAAACUCAGAGGUGUUGAUCCCUCAUAUUUUCCAGUUUUUAGUUAUGUUGUCAUAUGAGAAGUUCCAUACCAAAUCUAUAAUAGACAUGCCUCGUAUCAUUCACCGCUGUGAUGGUAUUAUGGCCAGUGGACUACAACCUACCACGCAUGGUCAGUUAAGUGUUAUUUAUUGAUGUUCAACAAUGAUUGUCAGUAGAGGCCGACCGAAUUUCGGCUUCGGCUUCGGUUUCGGCGCCGAAAGUGGCCAUUUUAUCACUUUCUGCCAAGUUUCGGUUUCGUCCGAAACUGAAAAGUUAAUUUUCGGCUUAAUUUCGGUUUCGGCCAAAAGAGAAAAGUUAACUUUCGGUUUUUCUUCGGUUUCGGCCGAAAUUGACGACGGCCGAAAGUGACUCAGGUUUUUGGUCAUCUAAUACUCAGUGAAAGCGAUAUUUAAAAACAAACUAAGCGACAUUUAAGAACAAACUAAACGCUCUUUAAAACAAACUAAGCGAUCUUUAAGAACAUUUAAGCGAUCUUUAAUAACAAACUAAACGACCUUAAAGAACAAAAUAAACGAUUUUUAAGACCGAACUAAAUUAUCUUUAAGAACAAAACAAAUGAUCUUUAAUAGUAAACUAAAUGAUUUAUAAGAAUUAACUAAGCGAUCUUUAACAGAAAACUAAAUGCUCUUUAGGAACAAACUAAAAGAUCUUUAAGAACAAACUAAUUGACCAUAAGGAAAAAAUCAAUUAUCUUUAACAACAAACUAUGGGAUGUUUAUGAACAAACUAAGCGAUCUUUAACAACAAACUAAUCGAUCUUUAACAACAAACUAAGCAAUUUUUAUGAACUAACUAAACGAUCUUUAAGAACAAAUAAAGUGAUCAUUAACAAAAACUGGACGAUCUUUAACAACAAACUAAGCGAUCUUUAAGAAAAAACUAAAGGAUCUUUAACAAUAAACUAGGCGAUCUUUAUGAACAAACUAACCAAUCUUUAAGUAAAAUAAAGCGAUCAUUAACAAAAACUGGACGAACUUUAACAAAAAACUAAGCGAUCUUUAAGAACAAACUCACGAUCUUUAAGAACAAACUAACCGAUCAAAGCAAGCAACUAACGAUCUUUAACAAAAAACUAAACCAACUUUAAAAACAAAUAAAGUGACCUUUCAGAACCAAUUAAGCGAUCUUUUAGAACAAUAUCAGAACAACAAUUUUUAGAAACCCGGUUUAAAAAAAUCAUAUUUUUCAUUAAUUUGCCCCCCCUCCCCCCCAAUUUUUUUGGCCAAAUUUUCUCUUACCAUACUAAUUUAAAAAAAUUGUAAAGCAAUUUAAAUUACUUUUGUAUUAAAAUGGUAAAAUCCAAAGUAUUCAAGGGUCUCAAACUCAAAUCAUCAGGGGGGCCGCAGGAGUUAGCGUCUGAAUGAGAGUUGGCCGCAUCAAGUAAUCCACAAAAAAGCGAUUACAACUGUUACAAUCUGCUCAACCUUUAUAAAUAACAAUAAAAUCAUUAAGGGUUCUCAAGAACUAGGAUUCACUUUCAUCCACCUGCUCACUGUUGUAUACAAAAAUAUAUAGAAACAUUAAAAAAAAAAAAAAAUCAGAAUUAGACUAGUCGGUGAGAUUCGACUGAAACCGUCGCGGAGAGUCACGUUAUAGAUAUGAGAAUGUGGGAAACGGGCCGGCGCAUUAACACUAAACUUUUCUGUCAUGUAGCGGGCCGCAAAAUAUCGUCUUGCGGGUCACAAAUGAGUUUGCCCGCCGCGAGUUUGAGACCCCUAUAUUAGAAGUUUAUGUAUUAAUAUUCACGAUUAUCUCAUUUUUUAUAAAAAGAAUGUAAAUAUUAUACUUUGCCACAUCAUUUUCGAUGUAUGCAGAAUGUAUGCGGGAACGAAUUUCAAAAUAUCUUAAUAUUUCAUUUUCGGUUUCGGCCGAAAUUCAUAUUUAACUUUUUUAAACUUUCGGCAUUUUUUCGGUUUCGGCCAAAAGUCAUUUUAAUCUUUCGGCCUAUUUUCGGCUUCGGCCGAAAUCAGAAAAUCACUUUCGGUCGGCCUCUAAUUGUCAGUUAUUCUUGAGAUAUAAUUUUAGCCCACAUGUCUGCAGCCUAAAUACUUUCUCUUGUCUCAUUUAUUUAUCAGAAAUUGGAAAAAUUAAAAAAUCAGAGUUUCCAGUAAUCUUAUAAUCAGAAAGCAAUACAGAAUAAAUAAGGGCUUAUAAACUUGGUUUAUUUAAUGCAGUGGUUAAUUCUGCAAACAUUCAGACAUAAAAGAAUAAUGGCUGUGUUGUUGACUAACUUUUACUCAAUCCAUCUUUGAGGCAUCAAUGUUUAACAGUACAUAACUUCAUGCCCGUUUAGUUACUUUACUUAACUUUGGGAUAAAAAAAUAAUAUUUACUAUUGAUUGAACUCCAGCCAUUCCUGCCCUGCGCCCGGUUGUGUAUGACCUGUUCCUCCUGAGGGGCACAGUUAAAUCAGAGGUGGGGAAGGAUCUGGAGACUCAGAGGGAAGUUGUAGUUUCCAUGCUGCUGAGACUUGUACAGUAUUACCAGGUAUUUCCUUAAGUGAAAGUAAAACUGUCAAUUACACAUCUCCUAUCCAGGCUCUAACUGAAACUUUAGGAAAGAGUUCAACAGAUGUGGCAUUAUUUUAAAAUUAAAUAAAAUAAAUUUACUUAAAAACUACAAUUUAAAAAAAACAAACAAAACAAAAACAAUAUCAUUAUUCUCAUCCAACAUUUGUCAGAAAAUAUUUAAUAAUUGUUUAAUAUUGUUUUUUUCAAGUUCUUGUCUUAGUUUCAAAUAAUUUCUUGCCACAAUUGGUUUCUGCUAUAUUCAUUUUGUAGGCACUAGAUAUGUUCACCCUAGUGUUGCAACAGUGCCACAGAGAGAGUGAGGAGAGGUGGAAAAGGUUAUCACGCCAGGUCAUGGAUGCCGUACUACCUGCUCUUGCCAAACAGCAGGUAGGACAUAUAUAGACUAGAUAAAGCAGAUAUAUUUUUUUGGUGGCUGAGACACCAGGUAAUUAGACUUGGAUCUGGUUACAUGGCUGUUACAUGUUUUGAUGUCCUCAAAUUUAUUGGCACAAUUAUGUUUUACAAAAUGCUUUGUGUACUUUUUUAAAAAGGACAAUGGAUCCAAUUUUUAUAACAACACAUGUUGUUAAAUCUGUCAAUAACUCAGAUUUUUGUUAGCCAGGCAUCACAUUUAUAUAUCUAUACAACAACAUGCCUUUUUGAUUUAAAGGAUUUAUUCACAUGUAGCAAAUGAUGGAAGAAAAUUAUUUGCAGAUAAACUUAGAAAGUCAAGAUGCUUUGGAUGUCUUACACCGUUUGUUUGAGUCUGUGUCACCAAGUGUGUUCCGACCAGUUGACUUCCUCCUCAAGACCCUGCUGGCUCCGCCCCAUGAUGUGGUAAGAAGUUGUGACCUUUCCCUUUUGAAAUGAGUUUUUUUUUGGGUGGUGUGGGGGAAUGGAUUACUGGGUACUCUCCCUUCAAUCAAGAAUAAAGAAUAUUUUAUUUAUCCUUGAUGGAAUGCAACUUUUCCACAACUCUGACCCAAUGACCACAUCAAAGCUGUGCCAGAUGUAAUGUUACAUUCUUUGAAUCAACUAUUAGGAGAAGCCUUUUUACUGGAAACCUGGCAAUACUCAAUGCUAAAUGACCUUGCACUUCCAGGCACAUGGGUCACUACCAACUGUCCAGUUCCCCUGGGGAUUUGACCUUUAACAAAACAGUUAAAAGUUUAUCUAAUUGUUCCAUUUGUAUAAUUGACAUUAUCAUUUUUCUGCAGUGAUAUAUUUAAUUUGUAAAAAAACACGAAGGAAGAUAGAUAUCAAGCUCAGUAACACAUUUUUUAUAUUUUCAGAGUGAUGUUUCAAGUCUUCAGAAAUGGUUGUGUCUAGUUCUCAUCAUCGUCAGGGUUCUGAUUUCCCAAUCCAAGGAAGAAGUCAUUUUAUCCAGACUAACAGAACUACAGGUAUUUCAACUCUUUUCACAUUUUACACACAGCUAGAUAAUUGUCACGCAGUGUACAACAUUGUAACAGAUUAUAAGCUUGCCAAGUUUCUUUCUUACACAGCUCCAUGUCUGUCUCAUCCGUGACCUCGACAACUCUGGUACAUCAGCAGCUAACUCUGUUGUGGAGUUGCUGAGGAACCUAGCUCCAGAAGAGACUGUUGCUUGGUGAGCUAACAUAACACAUCUUCAGUUUCAUCAUCACCUUUAGGCUUUUAUAAUGUUUCUUGUUUCAACUAUAUAACUUUGUAGAUAGUUAAUAAAAAAUAAUUUGCAAUAAUUAAAUUGUUGGUGCUUAAAUGAAAUCACAGUAAUGUUGUUAACAUCUAAAUUUAAAAGCUAUGCGUUUUUAGUGCUUUAAAUUUAUUUCUAAAUUGUUUUUCUUUCAGGUUUUUACUUCAAGUAAUAGGGAAAUGCUCUGAAAUGUUGAAUAAAGAAACUUCACUUCUUGGAUCAAACUACAAUGGUCCAAGCUACUCUACAAGCAAUGGCAAUGGUAUCAUUGUAAGCAGGUGUCAUUUCCUGUUGCAGCAGACAUUGCACCUGAUGCUCUACAUUACACACAUGUUUCAAUCAGGUAGUUUUAUUCAUUCAUUAUUAUAAAUAUUUCAAUUAUAUCCUAUACAAGAUUAUUGUGACAAUCAAAAAUUGUAAUACAUGAAACAUUUAGGUCAACCAUUAUAUUUGAAGUAAUUACAUCAAUGUUUACACACAUACUGUGAAGCCAAAGCCACAUGAACUCAAAUUUGUUUGUAUAAUGCUCCUAAUAUUAGUUUCUUAUAUAUUCAUGAUGUUUGUCAACUUUGUUAAUCUUGUUUUAUCCAUAUUUAUUAAAUGCUCCCUGAAAAAUUUAACUAGUUUAUUUCAAAAACAUACCAUCCUAUUACUUUUAGGUCUGUUUCGACGUGUGGCCACUGCAGCCAUGGGUCUGCUGCAGCUUGAUUCACCAGCUUGUAUGUACAGUGUUGGUGAGAUUAAUGAACACAUGGUGGGAGUGAGCAGUGUGUGUCCAGCCUUGACCUUACACUGGUGUAAUGUGCUCAUCCUGCUCAACUUUGAUGACAGAGGUCUGUGGACCCGUGUGGUGCAAAGUCCACCAACAUAUAAGAGCACAGGAACAAGGUAAACUGACAGAGCAGUGCCCAUUUAUUCUAAUUAUUUACACAAAUUUUUUUAGAGGCAAUGAAGCAGCUCUAAGAUCUAUAAACAUGUCUUCUCAACUAAUUUUUUUUCUGUGCCUAUUUUGGUGUACUUUUUUUUUUUGCUUUAACCGCACUAUGGUUUUAAAAAAUUAUUGUUUAUUAAAAAAAAUUAUUUAAAAAAAUGUAGUUUGAUAACAGGAAGGUUGCAACUUAUCAGGUUUGAAAUGUUCCAUAUAAUUUAUACUGACUGUUCCAUACUAUUUUGACUGACUGUUCCAUACUAUAUUUUCCAUACUAUUUUUACUGACUGUUCCAUACUAUAUUUUCCAUACUAUUUUUACUGACUGUUCCAUACUAUAUUUUCCAUACUAUUUUGACUGACUGUUCCAUACUAUAUUUUCCAUACUAUUUUGACUGACUGUUCCAUACUAUAUUUUCCAUACUAUUUUUACUGACUGUUCCAUACUAUAUUUUCCAUACUAUUUUUACUGACUGUUCCAUGCUAUUUUGACUGACUGUUUUUCAGAGGGGAAACCACUUUAACCACAGAUGAUAAUGAUGCAAGUGUCCGUCACCUGCCUAGAUCAUCUGAGUGUUGUGGCUUGGAAAUGUUAAGAAGAGGAGGACUUAUUCUGUUCUGUGAUUAUGUGGUCAGUCUUUAAACAGAACUCUCAUCAUGUCUGUCGAUUCAUAUGCCUUUAGUAAGCCAAUAUCGUUACAACUUGUAACCAAAACUUAUAAAAAAAAUUAUUAACUUCAUAAUUUGAUUAAGUAAUAGUUUUUUUUUUAUGACGGCUCUAUUUGCCUUGUAAUUUCAUGUGUUUUUAUUUUUUAAUAUUGACUUUUUUCUCAUUUAAUUGAAUGGAAUUUUUUCCUUCUUGGCAUUUGAAAAAAAAAGCUAUUGGCUGAGAUAAAAAAUAUAGCUUUUUUUGUGUUUAUCAAGUUUUCCUGUGUUGUUAUGGUUAGUAUCUUUAGGGCCUACAAAAUACUCCUGACUCACCUGUGAUAAGUUAAAUUUAUUUAAUAUUACAGUGUGAAAACUUAAGUGAUGCAGAGCACAUGACCUGGCUCAUAAUUAAUCAUGUCAGUGACCUCAUACUGCUCUCAAAUGAAUCCCCUGUGCAAGAUUUUAUCAGGCAAGUGUUAAAUGCCAUGAGUGAUCUCACAUAAUAUUUAUCAAUUUUGACACAUGGAGAGAAAAAUGUAAUGUACUCAACUCAUUUAAUAUAAUAUUUGCUGUAAAAUGAGACAUUAAUUAUGCUGAUUGUCAUAUUUCCAAAUUUUGUGCCUGUUAACAGUAAUAUUACAAAACUGCAUUGAAUUUUUAAUUGAUGCAAUCAUGUGUCUGAAAAACUUUAAGUUCUGAUUUGAUGCUACAGACCCUCAUUACUUCCUGUAGGAUUAAGAUGGGCUGUGGACUCAAGAAAAUCAUGGUUUCUUUAAAUUACUAUUUACAUCUUUGAGAACCUAGUGCAAAGCUUACAUUUUUUUUUAUACGAUCCAACUUUUUCUACAGUGCCAUUCACCGCAACUCAGCUGCCAGCAGUUUGUUUAUUCAAGCUAUUCAUGCAAGAGGAGACAGCAUCACAAAGGUAAAUAUUCCAGCCCUUUUAGAUCAUGUUACCUGAUGGUUGUUGCUUUACAUGCCUGAUUCAGCAGCUCUUGAUCUUCCAAAAAAAAAGAAAAAAGCAGCAAAAGCCUGUAUACAAAAUUUUAUGUGAUCGUGAUAUUUUUAGUUGUUUUGGUCAUGAACACUUGAUAUUCUAGUUCUUAAAGUUCAGGUUGAUGUUUUAUGGGGCAUGCAAAUAUUAAUUGAGUGCAUUUAAUAAAUGAAAUGUUAACAGAUUUUGUGUUUACAUCCAGCCAUCCAUGGUAAAGAGGACUCUCAAAUGUCUGGAUGCUAUCCAUAUUUCUCAAAGUGGAUCACUGGUGGCUCUGCUGAUUGACAAGUUUCUGGGCUGUCAUAGGCUUGCUAUCACCAGGAUGACAGACUCUAUUGUAUGCCAAAGACUGGAGAGUCUUCUAGGGGAAACAGCUGAAGUAAGUUGAUGUUUUUUAAAAUUUAUCUCUUCAUUAUCAACCAUAAGGAUGUAUUUUAAAAAUGUUGGCACUAAAAAGUGUGAAGAAACCAACAGCCAUUAUUAGUACUUGUUUUCUAUUGAGUUCUUAAGAUUUUACAUUAAGCCAAAUUGUAAAUUGUUUUGUUAGAAGACAAGAUAUAUUGCUUGUCCUACUGCAUGACUUUAAAUUCUAGGAAAUAGCCAAGCAGCUGCCUAAAGAAGAUAUAGAAAAGCAGUUACAAUUCAUGAAGUCAAACGGAUUGAUACAAAGGUGAGUCAACGUUUAACUAAGGACAUUGUUUUCUUCUUUACCAACUGAUAGUCAGUUGCAAUGUUACAAAAUACAUGUCAUUGCAUCUCUCUAAAUUUGCAAUAGCAAAUAAUUUUAACAUUAUAUUUAUGUAUUAUUAUUCAAUCUGCUAUAAAUAUUAAAAAAAAUCUUCUUGAUUUUUUGGAAAUUGCAUUUUUUUGUGACAUGAUAUAAUAAAAUAAUUCAAAACCUCAUGGUCCCCUAUAUAGUCUUUACUCUCUCCUGUAAAAUUUGAUCAAACAAACUAGACUUGAACAGCUAGAGAGUUGCUUUAAUGAUAAUCUCUCCUUUUUUUAUUCCUUUAGACAUCAACGUUUAGCAUCACUUCUCAGCAAGCUCUGCAUAGCAGCUGGGUCUACAGCACAGAUCAAACUUUCUCCAGAGAGAUCUCAUCCCCUCUCCGUAGUCCCAGUGGAUGUUGCUAAAAUCAGCAUAGACAAGGUAACUUGUUCGCAGAUUUAAAUUACCCAGUAUUUUCUCUAUAUAUUGACUAGCCUGUACCCUGUCAGUUAACUGGGAACAACUGAAUGUCAAAGGGAAAUUGAAAAUACACCUGCUAGAAACAAGCAGUAGAGACCUGAGCUUAUAUAGAAACAUUUAGAGUUAAACCAAAGUAAAAUGAUGUGUAUGUCUGAUGUAAAGGGCUAUUUAGGCAAAUAUGAGACCAUGCAAAACGCUUUUUCAUAUUGUACAAAUUUUGUAGAAUUAAUUUUAAAAAAUCAGUAAAAUUAUAUUUAAAAAAAAAGUUUCAUUGUAAAGUUUCAAAUGCCAUUGCUGGUGUUGCAUUACUUAAUUUGAUGGUGAAAGGUUUGAGCCACCAAAAUUUGUUGUUGUUCUUCUAUAUUUUGAGGCCCCAUGAUGAAUGCAUUGAUCAUUCUGGCUCAUAUGUUUAACUGUUGCUUGUUCUAUGUGUUGUAAAUGUUGAUUUAGGUAAUAAAAUGUGGUUUGACUAUAGAAGUUAUUUAUGUUAUCUAUAUUUUUGAUGGUUCAACAUGCAUCUGCCAAUGGCAUUUUUAUGGAGUGAAUUUUACCUAAAGUGGGUCCAUCCAGAUUAUACCUUAAAUCUAACAGAGUUAAAGAGAAGAAAAAACUUUGCCUGUCUUUGAACUGUUCCUUCUGUUUAAAGAAUUUUUUUUUUUUCUGUUCCAAGGAGUUCUACCUAUCAAUAGUGAAGGAGCAAUGUUUCAUGGCUACGCCCAACACAAGAGAAUGUGCUUUUUUACUGCAGAGACUAGACUACCCAGACAUACUUUCUAUUACUAUGACAAAAGUAAGGGGAAAUAAUAAUGUCAUGUGAUUAAUUCAAUGUGCUGGAGUCAAAUCAAUUAGUUUAUUGAUUUCUUAGUUGAGAGUCAAUGACUCGUUUUAGGAUUUAGCAAAUAAAAUAUAAAGCUUUGCUGGUUAUUUAAAAAUAAUAAUUUGUAAACUUAACCAAAAAAAAUUCAUAUUAAUUGAUUUAAAGUUUGAGACCUGAACAUGUAAACUGGAUACUAAAUGUAACCAUUUAUAAAAUCACAAUAAUAAUUUCUUCUUAAGAUAAUUUUAAGACCUGACUUGAUUGAUGCACAUUAAAAUCUAACUAAAAUAAUUUCUCCUUGACAGGGACAAAAUUCUCUGAUGCAACCAAGUAUGCUAUCAAUAAAAAUAAUUCUAAUUUCUUUUCCACAUUCAUUAAUUUUAGGAAUUUAACUUGUCCAUUCUGGAAGAGUGCAUGUCCCUUGGUGCUUUCCGGUCAGUUCUGCGGUACAACCGUGAUGUUGAUCUUGGGUCAUUGAGUCCUCAGCCAGCCUCAAAUGAGCACACACUUGACCCUCUGUUCCAGGCUUCCCAGCUGACCUUGUUCCGCCACAUCAACAAUAUGGUCAUCCAGCUGCCUCUUCCCCACCAGUGUCUAGUGUUUAUUGGUAGGAAGAUAGCUCUGUUAAACUAGUUAGACCUAACUGUUGCAGGUGUGAGCUACCUAGUUAUAAAUAUAAACAGUUCUUAAAAAUGAUUGCCCAAGUUUAAAAAAAUUCAAAUGUUAUCUUAGAAUUUAUUUAUAUUUUAAAGAAAAGUAGUUCAAAGAAAACAAGUAUUGUCUUUGUUAUAGAUUGAUAUUGACUUUAUAAUUGACAUUGCCAUUUCAGUGAAAAGUCUUUAGUAUAGAUUAAUCUGAAAAAUUUUAGAUUUGGCAUGAUUACGUACUAUCUGCCUACAAUCGGUGCAACCCUUCUUAAAAAAAUAAAGCCUAACCUUUAUUGUUUUAUUUACACAAAUUGUUUGUAUCUCAUUGAGCCACUUGAGCCUCCUAUGUCGGUGUUAAGUCAGGGGUCCCCCAGGGCUCAGUGCUAGGCCCUUGUUUGUUCCUAGCAUAUAUCAAUGAUCUGCCCGAGAAGCUGACCUCUCAAGCAAGACUGUUCGCAGACGACACUGCGGUAUAUAGGACAAUCGUCAACAGCUCUGACCAGAGCCAGCUUCAACAAGACCUCAAUCGGUUAGCUGAGUGAGAGAUGAGCUGGGACAUGGAAUUUCAUCCCGUCAAGUGCCAGACCCUGUCAGUCUCCAGAAGCAGAUUCCCUCUAAAGCACUCUUACGAACUGCAUGGCCAUAUUCUUGAGCAAGUUUCCUCCGUAAAGUACUUGGGUGUUACCAUUCAAAGAGAGGUCCGCUGGGACGAGCACAUUAACAGUGUGUGCAACCAGGCAAACAAGACCCUGGGGUUCCUAAGGCGCAAUCUGAAGAUCGGAAACUCAAGCGUGAAAGAAAAAGCUUAUAAAGCCUUUGUCCGGCCUAUUUUAGAGUACGCUUCUACAGUCUGGGACCCAUUUACCCAGAAAAGCAUCGACAGGUUGGAGGCUGUCCAGCGACGAGCAGCACGCUUUGUCAUGAACCGUUACAGAAGCACCUCGAGUGUUGGCAGCAUGCUGGAAACACUGGGCUGGUCUACAUUGGAAGAACGACGACGACUAUCCAGGCUCACCAUGUUUUGGCAAAACCUCCUCCUAUGUCGGUGUUAAGUCAGGGGUCCCCCAGGGCUCAGUGCUAGGCCCUUGUUUGUUCCUAGCAUAUAUCAAUGAUCUGCCCGAGAAGCUGACCUCUCAAGCAAGACUGUUCGCAGACGACACUGCGGUAUAUAGGACAAUCGUAAACAGCUCUGACCAGAGCCAGCUUCAACAAGACCUCAAUCGGUUAGCUGAGUAGGAGAUGAGCUGGGACAUGGAAUUUCAUCCCGUCAAUUGCCAGACUCUGUCAGUCUCCAGAAGCAGAUUCCCUCUAAAGCACUCUUACGAACUGCAUGGUCAUAUUCUUGAGCAAGUUUCCUCCGUAAAGUACUUGGGUGUUACCAUUCAAAGAGAGGUCCGCUGGGACGAGCACAUUAACAGUGUGUGCAACCAGGCAAACAAGACCCUGGGGUUCCUAAGGCGCAAUCUGAAGAUCGGAAACUCAAGCGUGAAAGAAAAAGCUUAUAAAGCCUUUGUCCGGCCUAUUUUAGAGUACGCUUCUACAGUCUGGGACCCAUUUACCCAGAAAAGCAUCGACAGGUUGGAGGCUGUCCAGCGACGAGCAGCACGCUUUGUCAUGAACCGUUACAGAAGCACCUCGAGUGUUGGCAGCAUGCUGGAAACACUGGGCUGGUCUACAUUGGAAGAACGACGACGACUAUCCAGGCUCACCAUGUUGUACAAGAUAAAAAAUGGGCUGGUCCACUGCUCCGGAAUCAAACAGAAACUCGUUCAUCUUCCCCCUAGACUGCGACGAAGCCACGACAGACAGUUCCGGCUGGUAAAAACAAGAACAAAGUACAGGAGCUCCUCAUUCCUGCCGAAGACAAUAGGGGACUGGAACAAGCUUCCAAAAGCAACAGUUGAGGCGGCUACACUCGAUACAUUUGUGUCUAUUGCCUCCUGUAUUCCAACCCCCAGUUCGUAACACCACUUCUGAGUCACCCUUGCAACCAGUGAAGCAUCCCAUUGAAACCCAUGCACAGUAACAUCGCAAACCCCUCUGAAACAUAGGAGCCCGAAUGAUCAAUUCAUUGAUCGUGGGCCCUCAAAAUAAAGAAGAAGAAGAAAGCUUUAUCGCAGUCCAACACUGAUAUAAUUAGUUAACCCUUCUUAAAGCACUGGUACAAUAAGAACUAAUACCUACCUACCUAUUGAUUUCUUUCAGAUUCGGCUCCAGCCUCUAGUUUACAUUAUAUGGACCGCAUUGAAGAGUUAUUUACUGAUGCCCAGUGGGUGGACAAUAAUUUCUGUCUAGCAUCUGCCCUGGUCCGUUACAUGGUAGCUAUCCAUCAGUUUCCGUGGAGAGCAGAGCUGCCCCCUGAGUCCCUGAAAGAUGUGGCUAGUUUCGUUGUGCUCUGCGCUGAGGUUUGUUAACUCUUGAAUUGAUUUCAUACUCUCAGACUUUCAAUCGUCCUAUCAGUGUCAUCUUUGCUAACAGCUUUCAUUGUAGCAGCAGAUAGGAUGAAGUGGUGUUUUUUUGGCUGUUGCCUCAAGGACUGAUGUAGACCCUCCCGCCAACAAAAAAAAUAAUAAUCAGCUUAGCAUUUUUAAAACACCCCCCCCCCCCCCCCCCAAUGAAAACCACUGAUGUGGACUUUUAAAAAAAAAAUGUUUGUGACUGUAGUUGGGCAAGGAGACAGGUGAGGUGGUUAACAAUUAGUAAGCUUCUUGCAUCACCUCUAGGGGCUUCACAAUGACAGUAGUAUUGACACAGUGACAGUAGUAUUGACAGGCAGUAGUAUUGACACAAUCACAGUAGUAUUGAUAUUUGUGUUUUUAUUGAGUUAAAUUAUCAAAACCUCUUUGGUUAUGCUAAUUAUCUAGAGAUGACUAGUUUGUGCAUGGACAGACAAAAAAACGUUGCUUGGAAAUAUAAUCUUCCAGCUCAAUAUGAGUUUUCAAAUAUUUUAUUUAGUCUAUCUUCACAUAAAGUUUUGCAUCUUAGGUUAUUGUAAUUCUCUUGUUGCAGCUGAUCCACUGGUCUGUAGAACAUGACAUGCUCCCAGAGUCUGAGCACAUCCAGAACUGCUUGUCUUGUUUGUCUCUACUCCUGCAAGACCCUGCUGUACAUGCACUGAUGAGUCAGACAGAACAUGCUACAUUUGUCUGUAGUAUUGUGGGAUUUCUCUACCAACUUUUAUGUUCCAGUAAGUUGAUCUUUAUGUUUAUAUUACAGAAAGGAUUGAUGAGACUUUAAAAUGUUUUAUUGCUUAUUCAGAGACUAGUAGAUGAGUCCUUGUAAAGCUUGUUAAGAAAAUGGACCAAAUUAUUUAAUUUUAUUAUAAUACAGAAAUGUUAAUUAACUAAUUUCUCUUAACUUCAAUAGAGCUGUUCCUUUGUUUUUGCAAGUAAAAUAAAAAAUCAUGUAUACUUUUACUUCACUUAAUUAUCAUAAGGGGAUUAUUUGUAACUCUUCAGUUAUAUUAGGAUUUAAGGCCAAAAUCAUUGUGUUUUGAUUUCAGUGGCAGUACUCCCUGGUGAAAAUGUAGCAUGUCUGUUCCAAGAUGAUCGUAGGGAUGAUGCAGAAGAAGAGGAUGGUGAGUACGUUGUACCAUUUUUGUAUUUAUAUUUCAAUCAUGUAUUCUGUAUUCUUGACCUAGUUUUAAAAUAAUAAUCUCAUUGCAUUUCAUCCUUGCUUGGAGUUGAAUUUAAAAAUGUCAAAGAUUUUAUUUUUUUAUCUAGUUUACAUAAUAAAUAUAAAAUAUAAUUUGCUUUGCUUGAGUUGAUUUGGCCCAUACUAUGAAUGUUGAUAUCAUUUUUUUUGGGGCCAAUCGGUUAUGGUUAAGAAUCCUUAGUCUGUAGUUCAAUGAUUCUCUAUUAUGAAAACAUUGGUUAAUAUGGUACUAUAAGUCAGUAAGUUGUACUGAGUUGAGAUUGAUUCCACUUGCCAUCCCAAAGUUGAUUCAAGUCUUUGCUCUUUUCAGUUUCCUUAUCUGCAUGUUUGAUCAGAGCAUGUGAUGAGAUAUCAGAGCUGGUCCACUGCCUGCACACACGCCUGGACCCCAACACAUCACACGAGCCACGACUGCCACAGUUCCUGGCCUCAACUUUCAGAAAUAUAAUCAUUGGUAAUCAAACCGUUCCAGUAUUAAACUUGCUUGUGAGAGGAAGCCAAAGCUAUGGAGGCUGCUGCUAAAUUAAAUCUAAAGCUGAGUUUUAAAAAAAAAGUGCUUUACAUCAUAGCCCUCAUAAAUUUUGGUAUUAAAAAUGUAUUUAAUGCACUAAAGCCUUUCAGAGUUAAUCAAGAUAAAUUUAUGAUGUGAGUAUUGUGAGAAUUUGAGUUUGAACUUAAGCUCAUAAAUAAUUGUCGAUAAGCACCCAAAAUUAAACUAUUAAAAUUUUUAAAUCUUGUGAAUUUGAUCGCGUUAAUGUCGUUAAAAUAUUAAGUUGAAACUUGUCAAAAGCCUGAUCAUUUUGAUUUAAAAACUUUCUGCAAAUGAACUUCCCUUGUUAAAUAAGACUUGAUGUCUUGUUAGUUACACUUUUUCUUUUACUCAUCAGCUGUAGCCAGACUGCCAGCAGUAAACACUUAUGCCCGUACCCCUCCCUUAGUUUGGAGACUCGGUUGGUCCCCUACACCUGUAGGAGAACUGCGCACCUGUCUACCUCCUUUACCCGUGGAGUAUUUGCAGGAAAAAGAUGUUCUCAAGGAGUUUGUGACAAGAAUUAGCUCACUGGGUAUAAAAUAAACUUUCAUCUCUCAGACAAAUUCACACAAAAAUUGACUUUAGCCAAAUAGUAGGCUAUUAGUUAAAAAUAUUUCUGUUUAGAAAAAGAGAAAUGUGUUGCCAGUGGCACAUUUAAGAAAACUAUUUUAUUGCCAAAGCAUCUUUUAUCACCUGUUGUAAUUUGUCAUUUUAAAAAAAUGCACCCUUUUAAUAUUGUUUCUAUCAGGUUGGGUCAACCGCCAACAGUUUGAGGAGAGCUGGAUGAGCUUACUUGGUGUGUUAAAUCCAGUCUCUCAUACGGGGCAUGACCUGUCGGCUGAAGUAAAAUUCAUUUAUUCAUCAUAAUAAACUUACAAAUUAAAUUCAUUUUCUUAUUAGUCAAUUUGGCAGCAUUCUACAAUAGGAAAACAUUGUUCAAAAGAACUUAAAAUAUAUUUCUGGAUUAAAAUUUAAAUUAUCAGCAACCUGUAAAUUCUAGCAACAAGAUUGCUGGGAGGUUAUUAUGAAUCGGAAUUAGUAAACAUUGUAUUUUAUAUAUGAGAUUAUAUGUAGGGAAAAAAUGUAAAAAAAAAUAUUUUGUAUAUAAAAUUUUUUAGUCCACUAGUUAAGAGGUGCCUGAUUUUACCCUAUCUGAUGUAUCUUGUGUGUACCAGGAGGAGAUAGAGCAAGCCCAAGGCAUGGUCAUUGCUGUUAAAGCCAUCACCUCACUUCUACUGCAGUCAUCAAUGGUACCCCAUGCAGGGAAUCCUUCAAAUAGCUACUAUGAGACCAGACCAAGAGAUAAACCCCUUGCUUUCCUACACACAAGGUAAACACAAGUGUUUGUUAAUUUUUUUUUUCAUACCCUAAAAAUUGAGGCUAUACACCUUUUUCCAAAAUGGCAGUUACUGUACUCAUUAAUAACAAUUCUAACUCUAAUAAUAAUUAAAGGAAUAAAUCAAAUCAUGAAAUAGUGAUGAUGGAAACAAAGUUCUUUGGUCAGUUUGGUGGACAUGGCACAUAGACAUUCUUCAAAAGGCCUCCAGUAAUUGCAAACUGUAAAGGGAGAUGAUGUUUAGAGAACUGCUGCCUUAAUGGCACAAGGUCCAUAUAUUAUAUCAGAUCAUUAUAAGAAUAUGUUUUCAUCUUUGAGGGGCAACCAUUGGCUUGGUGAUAAUGAUCAUAAGAAAAAAUGUUUUACUUUUCUACCCACAGAUGCGGUAAAAAGUUGUCUGUGAUCAGAGGUCUUAUUGAGAAGGAGAUUGUCAACUUGUGUGCUGCCAGGUAAGGGCUUCAUUAUUAAAAUAGUAAGCAGUGUUUACAUUUCUUGUUUGAAUUGCUGCCAGCUGUAACAGUUGGAAAGAAAAUUAUUCUGUUUAAAUGUUUUUUUUUAGAAUUAUACUUACUGAUAUUUCAAGAUAAUAUAAUUCAAUCAUUAAUGAUUCUUUUGCUAUGGUUGUUAACUUAUUUACUCAUUGACUGUUUUAUAGUAGACCUUUAGUUUUCAGAUAUUUUCUACAAGCCCUUUAGACAAUUACUUAUUGAAAUAACAGCUUAUUUUAAACAAUUAAUUUAUGGUUUGUUUUGGCAUCCGUCCACUACAAUGUGACGAUGGUGUGGACUUCGAAGGAUGAAAUCAGAAGGCCUUGAAUUUUUAUUUAAGAGGAUAAGCUGAUUCUCUUGACAGCAAAUCACCUCUCUCCUAACAUCUGGUGUCACUGUGGAUGAUACAGCUUGGCACCUGCAGGGUCUCUGGAGUUGCUGGAAUGUUUCAUUAAGUUAAUGUCAUACCGCCCAGGGGAAUCCAGGUCCUGAAGUCUGAGUUUUCCUUCUCUUAGAUGAGUUGCCAUCCACGAUGAACAGUCCCAUCCUACAGGUGUGCUCUUGAUGAUUUUGCUUGUCUGGGCUUUUGCUGAGGAUUGAACUCCAGUCCUCAAACUUGGAAUUGACACAAUUUAGAUCGCACAGCCAUCCAACAUUUUAACUUCUUACUAAUGUAUAACUAGGUGCCAUGUUCAAGAGAGUCCCGUCAUUUUUUAAAAUAGUGUUCUCUUUCUUAACUUGCUCCAAUUUAUUAUCAAGAGCCAGCAAUACUUCCACCAUACAGAGUAGAUACAAUGAAUGCUAUAGAAACUUUAAAAUUUGUUAAAACAGGCCAGACAGGUUGGUACCCCAAGCUUACAGUGGCAGUCCAUCAGACAAGUCCAGUCCAAACUUAUUUGAUGGCAACCUGGAAAGGGAGCUGGGUGUGGAAGAUUUCAGUUUAGGCCAGGUAGGUCAAUGCAAGUUUUUGAUCAAGAUUUUGUGUGGUCUGAUCAAAAGAGUUUAGUUUAGGCCAGGUAGGCCAACACAUUUUUGAUUUAGAUUUUUAUAGUCUGAUAACAAGAGCAUUUACCCAUUUUUCCAUUAUUUGUAGAGCUAUGUUUAUGAGUGGACUCUUUCUGUUGUGUUUUAUUUUGCUAAUUAGCCUUUAGAAAUUAAGUUCGUUAAAAAAAAUUGUCAAAUUUAUAUUUUUGUCAUUAAAAUUACAAGUUUAGCAAGCACAUUAGAUACAAAUUGAAUUGGAAAAUGUCACUGACUCAGAUAAACACCACUAUAAAUUGUCAACUCAAACAUGUCACUGACUCAUAUAUAAAAAUUAUAGCUUCAAGUAACUUAACUGUUUAAAUAUUUCUACCUAGAUAUCCAUUGAGUCAACAUGGUCUUUAGUAGGCAGCCUUGACACCAACCUGUCCAACUCAGACACAACUGAUUCUCUGGACAGUCCAACCGGUCGUGGGGACAUGGCAGCCACCUCUCCAUCGUCAGCCUCCUCAUCGAGCGGGGGUAGGCUCUCCACGGCUAGGUCGGUUCAUCACUGCGGUCUGGACAUUCAUUCCUGUCUACAGUUCCUCCUGGAGUUGUAUGGAGCCUGGCUUCACAUAGACAACAACCCUAAGCCUCCACUGAUGCUUCUCAACUCUGUCGUCAAAUCUGUAAGUUGUUUAAUUUUUUCUGUUGUCACAACUGUAAGAUUUUAUUUUUUUCUAUUGUCAAAGCUGUAAGUUGUUUUUAACUUUGUGUAGCUGCCAAUGCAAGCUAAAAUUUUGAUAAUUUCUGGUGACGAUACUGAGCCAAAUCAAUCAAUUUUGAUCAAUAUUUGAAUGACCAGAUGGUGUGCCUCUCUGACCUAUUCAUGGAGCGGGAACAGUUUGAGUUUAUGCAGGACAUACUCUUGGACCUCCUCAAGGGUCAUCCUGUGGAAGAUGAGCUCAUCACACAAUAUCUCAUUGUUGGCAUGUGCAAGGCCACUGCUAUUGUUGGCACGGUAAGUCUUGGUUAAAUUUUAAUUUUGUUAGCUAUGCAUGAUGUAUUGCCCUCUCAAGGCAAAAAUACGUAACGAAGGUUAAGUUAAAAAAGAUUCUGAAAAAUAAAUGUUUGUGCUUUAAUGUUAGCUUUAUGUCACACACAGCAGCAAUAAUUGCAAGUUUCCCUUUGUGCCUGUUUCAAACCAUUAUCAGAAUUGUACUGCUGCUUUAACCAUGGAUUCCCUGAUAUAAUUGUACUGCUGCCUUAACCAUGGAUCCCCUGAUUUUUGUGAAGAUAGUUUUAGCUUGUAAGCUUCUACUUUUUAAUUCAAAAGAUUUAUGAACAAAAGAAACCUUCGAGUAAAAUAACUCAUGGUAAAAGAUUGUUUUUUGCCAAUCAUUAACAAAUGGUAAAGGACAAAAUUGAACUAUAUUUGUUUAGAUAAUAUGUCUUGACCUACAUUAGACUAAAACUGCAUUCAUUUACAGGAACCAUAAUAUUUAAAAUUAUAUUAUUAUUACAAAUAAAUUGGACAUUUGAUUUUUAAAAAAAAGUCAAUGAGCCCUCAAGGUCUGCUCCGCAGAAGGUAAAGAAUGUAAAAAGAUUUUAAGUGCAUAAUAACAAAACAAUUUGGCAGUGGUCCUUGCUGCAAAGUAGUUGAUGUUCUAAAGGUCUAUUUCACUGAAAGUUUUUGGGAUCACUGAACUGUUAUAUCCUGGAAAAAUAUAUUUUACAAGACAGAUUUUUUUUGCCUUUGUGUUCAUAACUAAAGUAAACUUGUAAAUCAUUAAAGUUCAAAGAUGCUUUAUAAAUUUAGUAGUUUGCUUGGUGUCCAGGUGCGAUAAUUUUCCAUAAACCAUUAACAGGAAGCACUGAUCAGUGAGCGUGUUGUUAAGCUUAUUGAGUCUGGACUUAAGAGCACUCACCUACCUACCAAGAUCUCAUCUCUCCAUGGGGCCCUGUACUUACUAGAGGGUGGACCCUCGGAACUCAACAGCAGCCUGCUACCUAUUCUUACAGACUUCCUCUCAAAACAUCUGGCAAUUGUUAUAUCACAGUAUGGAAAUAAAAAUAAUGUUAACCAAACAUUGAUUCUUCAUUACUAGAUAAAUUUAGAAUUUUUGUUACCAAUAAUUAUUUUUCAAAGUAAAAAAAACAACAACAUAUAAUAAAAUAAAUUUAAAAAUAAAAGGGUUAAUUCUAUAAUUGUAUUUGUACAUGUUUACAUUUGAAGUGAAAAAAACUGAAAUGAAAAUAACAUUUUAUUCUAAUAUUAUUGCAUAUUUUCUUAUACUUUGUGAAUUUUUAUAUUUUGCAAAGCUGAAAUAUAUGUAAAUAAAAUCUUAAUAAUUUUAAUAUAAAUUAAACAUUGAUUGCACAUAUGAUCUCUUUCCUUCCCUAAAAGAACGUGUAUCAUCAGCCAACAGUUUGUCAUCAUUAUGUGGGCAGUAGCUUUCUACAUUAUUGAAAAUUUUAGUAAUGAACUCAAAGACUCAGAUUUUACUUCAAAAACAAUUCAGGUAUUGUAAAUAUGAUUCAAAGAUAUAAAUUAUGGAAUUGAAAAGGGGAAAGAAGUUUUGUCUUAUUGAUAUUUCUUUUAAAAGGUGCAUGCAUCACUAGUGGAAACUUAAGAUAAAUGGGAGAGAAUUAGGCCAUGAUUAAAAUGAUAAAUUCCCUUUGAUCCUCAGCUCGUGGUGCAGACAGCUUCAGGGAAUGAAGAAAAUGUUUCUACUUCAGUUUUCUUGACUGUCAUGAAAGGCACAGAGAGGCUGCUGUUGAUAGAUGUACUGACACAGAGUGACACAGAAACUAUCAUUAAACUUAGCAUGGACAGGUAAGUGCUUGUACUGUGAAGAUUAGAUUCACCAGUUAAUCAAUGGCAAAUGGUCAUUAUAUGAACAUAUUUAUAUUUAUUUGUAGGGUGGAAAUAUCUGUAGUCAUAAGUUGGAGAUAUCUGUAUUCUUAAGGUGGUAAUAUGUGUUGCCAUGAGAUGGAAACAUAAUAUGGAACUAUCUGUAGUCUUAAGGUGGAGAUAUCUGCAGUCAUAAGGUAGUAAGAUUUAUAGUCAGUAUGGACUAUAUUUAAAAGAUACCAAUAUUUGUGGUCAAGUUGUGGGACUAUCUGUUUUAAAGUCAGGUCUAUAUCUGUCAUCGCUGAAUGUCAGUAAAACAGUCAGAAGACUGGAAUAUGCCUUUUUGACAAUUGUAUCCUUUGAAACGGUUGUAGGGCUGGACUCUAUUAAAAAAUAUCUUAACACAUUUUAUCAAUUGUGAAAGUUUCUCAUUGUAAUCUUGUUCCUUCCAGUAUUUUAAAGUGUAGCUAUAAUUCUUAAACAGUAUGAGCCCUGUGUUUCCCUUUAAAAACCCUGCCAUGAUACCUUACAGGCUGUGUCUACCAAACCCACAGAGAGCACUGGCAGCAUUGGGCCUCAUGUUUACAUGCAUGUAUUCAGGUGAGUUUCUGCCAGCGGUUCAGUUACAUAAAUACAAAACAACUCAGAAGACUUGUAUUCAAGUGUUGCCCUCUAGACCCAUGGGGAAUACUUCUUGUGACAGUCGUUAAGACAAAUUAAAACAAGCCAGUUCCGAAGGUUUUCUGGAAUUAUUAUCCGUUAUUUACAUCUAAAUGUUGUCAAAUAUAUGAAGAUAGUCAUAAGUAUUCCCUUGCUGUUAUAAUUUCUUUAAGAUCAUAUACUAAAACUGUUUGUAGUGGUUUAUCAAAUUUCUUUGUGUAUUACUUAUUGAACAAAAUGUUGAAAAAAAAAAAAAAUUAUGCUUUUUCUUGUUUAAUAAAGUACUGGGUGGAGAUAAUUAUUAGUGUUGACACAUAUUUGUCUGAAUCAUUGAUUGCAUUAAAUAGCUUGGUGUACUCCUCCGGUCAAUAAGGUGUACUCCACUGGUCAAUGUGGUGCACUCCACUGGUCAGUAUGGUGUACUCUUCUUCUUCUUCUUCUAUAUCUUAAGGGCCCACGAUCAAUUUAUUGAUCAUUUUGGCUCCUAUGCAUGUAGAUGGGAUUUGCAAUGUUUCUGUUCCUGGUGUUGAUGAGGAAAUUUCACAGAUUUCCAGUGCCACUUUGUGAGGGAAUCAUGCACUGGGGGUUUGAAGGCUUGAGGCAAUAGACACAAAUGUGUCUAGUGUUGUCGCCUCAACCGUUCCUUUUGAAAGAUUGUUCCAGUCCCUGAUUGUCUUGGGCAGGAAUGAGCAGCUCCUAUACUGGCUUCUUGCUGGUAUGAGCCUGAAUUGCCUGUCAUGGCCUCGUCGCUGUCUAUGGGGGAGAGGGACGAGUUUCUGUUUAAUACUGGAACAGUGGAUCAGCCCAUUAUUUAUCUUAUACAUCAUGGAGAGCCUGGAUUGUCGUCGUAGUUUCUCCAAUGGUGACCAGCCUAGUGUUUCUAGCAUGCUGCCAACACUAAAGGUAUUCCUGUAGCGGCUUAGGACAAAACGUGCUGCUCGUCGCUGGACCGCCUCCAACCUGUCAAUGCUCUUCUGGGUAAAUGGGUCCCAGACUGAAGAUGCAUAAUCUAAAAUCGGACGGAUAAAGGCUUUAUAUGCUCUUUCUUUCACACAGGAGUUGCCAAUCUUUAGAUUUCGCUUUAAGAACCCCAAGGCUUGGUUUGCUUGGUUACAUACAUUGUUAAUAUGCUCGUCCCAGCGGACCUCUCUUUGAAUGGUAACACCCAGGUACUUUACGGAGGAAACUUGCUCAAGUAUAUGGCCGUGCAGUUUGUAUUGGUAGUGUAGAGGAGUACAACUUCUAGAGAUUGAUAGUGUCUGGCACUUGGCAGGGUGAAAUUCCAUGUCCCAGCUCAUCUCCCACUCAGCUAACAGAUUGAGAUCCUGUUGUAGCUGGUCCUGGUCAGAUCUGUUGGCGAUCGUUCUAUACACUGCUGUGUCAUCUGCAAACAGUCUUGCCUGUGAUGUCAGUUUCUCCGGUAGGUCAUUAAUGUAUGCUAGGAACAAACAGGGGCCCAGGACUGAUCCCUGGGGGACCCCUGACUUCACAUUGACAAAGGAGGAGCUUGUACCGCCCACCACUACUGCUUGGCGUCGGUGGCUGAGGAAGCUAGAGAUCCAUGUUUUAGUGGUGCCUUGAAUCCCAUAUAUCUGGAGUUUGUGUAGAAGCAAACUAUGAUUCACCCGGUCAAAUGCUUUUGCGAAGUCCAUUACUAGCACGUCAGUCUGCUUGUGGUUCUCCAGAUUGGUCAUCAAGUCUUCUACAAAUUCGAGAAGCUGGGUCUCACAUGACCUAUUGACUCGGAAGCCAUGUUGACAGUCAUUGAGUAUAUUUUGGCUUUCAAGAUGCUUCAUGACAGAGCUUACGAUUAUGUGCUCCAACAGUUUGCAGACGACGCUAGUGAGGGAUAUCGGACGAUAGUUGGCAGGGUCGGAAUGCUCCCCUUUCUUGUAAAUUGGAGUGACAUGCGCUGUUCUCCAGUCUGCUGGAACAUUUCCUGUGCAUAGUGACGAUUGGAAGAGGAUUGUCAGUGCAGGAGCGAUUUCUUUGGCUAAUUCUUUGAGCACUCGUGGUUUAAUGUGGUCAGGACCACAUGCUUUGUAAGGAUUAAUGGUAUUGAGGAGGGCAAACACACCUUGUUCUGAUAUCUGGAUAUCUCCCAUGAUAGGAUAGGCUCUGUUCAUCAUUUUGGUUUUCAGAAGGAACUCAGUCUCAGAGUACUCUCUACCGUCACCAAAGACCGACUGGAACUGCUGAUUGAGUAUCUCCGCCUGUGCUUUUGGGUCAGAUGUCAAUUGGCCAUCCCACCUCAAGGGGGAAACUCCAGCGUUUGAGGACUUUUGGUGUUUCACAUAGCUCCAGAAGCGCUUGUUCUUGACAUCUUUGGUCGGGGUGUCUUCCUCUGAGAAGAUGCCGUUCAUGUAGUUCCAAUACGAUCUACGCAAUAAGCGUUGAAUGGUUCGGCGGAGUCUCAGUACCUCCUCUCUCAGUUCCAUCGAGCCAUUUUUCUUCAUGCGUUUGUAUUGGCGGUCUCUCCUGUGGAUGAGCCUACGGAUUUCAGCCGUGACCCAUGGCUGAUUUAUCCUAGGUUUGGUGAUUUGGUGUGGUAUAAAUUUCUUCACUGCAUCAGUGAUUGUAGUCUUGAACUUCACCCACAGCUCGUCUGUUGUCGCUGUACCUUGAAUCACCUUCAUGUUUGAGCUUAGCUCUGUGGUUGCAAUCCUUAGGCCAUCCCAGUCUGCCUUGGCAUAAAUUGGGAUUUCUCGAAUGAUUUGUUUCAUUUUUAGUGUGUUGACCUGAAAUUCACAAUAAGGAAUGCUGUGGUCCGAAAUCCCGGGGAUGACCUCAACUUUUUGGACACGAUGUGGACAAUUGGUGAGGAGUAGGUCAAGAGUGUUCUCCCCCCUCGUGGGUUCUUUAACCAGCUGUUCCAGACCAUGGUUGUUAAUUAUCUCCAUGAAUUCUGAGUGUAGAACAGGGUAUGGGGACUUGGGCUUCAAGGCAGGAAUCUGCCAAUUCCAACCAGGAAAGUUAAAAUCCCCCCCUAUAAGGAGAAAAGCGUUUUUUGACUGUGUUGCUCUGUGAAGCGAUACCUCGAACCUCCUCAGGCUUGGUUCAUCUGCUGUAUUUGGUCGAUAAUAGGCACACACGUAGAGUGUGCGUCUACCCUUUAGUUUCAAUUUUACCCACAGGAUCUCGCAGUCGUCAACAUCGAGUUCUGGAACAGCGUGGCAGUCCAAGUUGUGAUGGACUGCAACAAGCACUCCUCCUCCUCUGUCUUUUCUGUCUCGACGAAAUACUUUGUAUAUAUCUGGUACAACCUCUGCGUUUGCUAUGGAGGGAUUCAGCCAUGUUUCUGAGCCCAAGAUGAUGUCGGGUUUUAGGCUGUUAAUUAGGUUAGCUAUCUCUACUCGCUUACCACUUGCAGACUGGAAGUUUACAUUUAAUAUGCGCAAUGGCCUGUGUCUCCAUUUGUCUUGUUGACUGCAGCGCAUAGGAGUAGAGCAGUGUGGUGGUUGAAAACUUCGAAUGUCUCUUGGUGUGGAGAUUGAGUGGUUCAGAGAGAAAUCUGGGAAGGUAGAGUCCGUCCCUGCACUAUGUGGGUCAAACACAGACUGGUUAAUCUGGCAGCCGCAGACAGUACAGUGCCAUGGCACGUCAGAAUUUUUAGCAUGUUGGUUGUAAUUAGAAAUGUCGAUGCUUUGGCAUUGACGAUGGAACCAUUGCCCACAUUGUUCACAGGCAACGCCUCUCUCCUCCACAUGUACAACAUGGUCACAUGCUCCGCAGAUCCAUGAUGACUGGGAUUUGGAACUUGAUGGGGUAUGCAAGGGAAAACCAGCACUAGUAGUAACGUUCGGUCCAGGGUUGGGUUCAGGAGAGUACGAAUUUGCCAGGAGGAUGCAGGCCAGAUACAAUAGUACCAGUUUUUGACGGCCUAAGGGCCUCUGAGUAGAGCAUGAUCGUGAUGCUCUAUGUAAAAUGUCUAUAAACACACAGUGAGCAGUACCAGCUAUGCGGAAAACUGUCUUCGUACUGAAGUCCAAAUUGUCAAAUAUAAGGCCUAUUUCUGGUCUCUCGGCAUCACAGAUGAACAAUUUAUUUACCAGAGCCGUUACCACAAUUGUAUAUAGUGUAAUAUUGUAUUUGAACAUACCACAAGUCACUCCGUGUGUUUCAGUCUGAGAGCACACACAGCAAUAUAGUUUUGCUACGUUUCAAGUAAGACAGGAAGUGGUAACAAAAAUGGCGUCGAAUAUCAACAAUGCAGUACAAACCCCGAAAUCACAUAAUUAGCUAAGCAUAUUGAAGACAGUGACUUUUGGCUCAUCCCUUGACCAGCAAUGGUGACAUUUUAGAUUAUAAAUCACAGUUUGUUGAGGAUUUACUUGACUAAUAAUGUCAUAGUCAAAGAAAUAUUCCUCAUCAAAAAACAUGUACACUAAUCCCAUCUAACCGGAAGUCUUUUCGUACUCUGCUGGUCAAUGUGGUGUACUCCACUGGUGAUUGCAGUAGGUAAUAUUUCAUUAUCCACAAUUAAAUCAGGUAAAUCCACUGACCAGUACAGUCCUCAGCCAAGAGAAGAACAAAUGUUUGGAGACAGUGGCUUCCAACUGCUCCAUCAGGAUCCUGAUUCUCUCAUUCUUGCCAUGGAGAGGGUGACUGUCCUGUUUGACAGGUGAGUGAAUGACUUAGUAAUAGGUGUAUGCCAGUGAACUCAGACAGGUAAUUUAAUAGGUGCCAGUCAACUCAGACAGGCAGUACUGAUAGAUAAUGUACUCACAAUGGAGACUGAUCGAAAGUGAGUGUCUGUAUUCGGCCAAAACCAAAACUAGGCCAAAAGUUAAAAAUGACUUUUGGGCGAAACCGAAACUAGGCCGAAAGUUAAAAAAUUACUUUCGGCUGAAACCGAAAGCUUAAAGAGACUUUCGGCCAAAGCCGAAACUGAAAUAUUUAUAUAUUUUGAAACGUGUUUACGCAUACAUUCUAAGCCUUGGUCACUUUCAAAAUCUUUUUCUCCUUCUUAUGCCUUUUAACCCAGUCUGGGGCGUAAGCCAUCCACAAGAAUUCUCCAUUCAUCACGGUCCUGUUCCUUCCUUUUCAGUUGUUUCCAGGUGUAUCCAAUAUUUUGCUGGUCUGCUUCUAGCUCACGUCUCCAUGUAUUCUUUGGCCUUCCUCUCUUUCUUCUUUCCCUGUGGAUUCCAUGUUAGGAAUUGUUUAGUGGUGCUAUCUGGGGGUUUUCGGAGAGUAUGUCCUAUCCAUAUCCAUCGUUUAUUUAAGAUGUCUUCAUCAAUGGGCUCCUGGUAAGUCCUUUCUAGUAAAUCUUUGUUGGUGAUAAUAUUUGGCCAUUUGAUUUUCACGAUCUUUUUAAGGCAUGUAUUUAUGAUGGUCUGUACUUUCUGCAUAAUGCUCGCCGUUGUUUUCCAAGUUUCUCAUCCAUAUAGUAGGAUUGUCUUUCAAAAUAGGGUUAGUCAAAAAGACAUUUUCUACUAUUAAAAGUCAAAAUUCAUUCUACCUACAAUAGCUUCUUCCUUCGCGUCAAUAAUUCAGAAAUAUGUCCUGCUCUUGCCUACUGCUUGACACGUUUUAGCAUUUAAAGCCUUCAUGAUGAAGGAUGGGGUUGUUGUUCCCGUACUAAGUGAUCCCAAAUGGCUCAUGGACUUGGCUUUUCUUUUUGAAAUUACACAGGAGCUGAAUGUACUCAACAAGAAGUUAUGAGACCAGGGGUUGCCAAUGACAAUGUCAGGGCAUUCUGCACAAAACUUGUGUUAUGGUUCUUGUGAAACCUCUGCCAUUUCCCAACAUGCAAAGUGCUUAUGAACUCUGGCACACAAUUCAGUAGUAACUUAGUAUGAGUUGCAAGAGUUUUGCCUCUACGCGGCGCAAAAGACUAGUAGGGUAGACCUGACUACCUGAAGCCAAAAAACUCACGCCUUUGCGUCUAUCUCCCAAGGUGAAGGGGGGAGGUUACUUGUAACUUCUACCCGGGAGAAGGUAAGAGAAUACAGCCUAGUUAUUAUUCUUUAAUAUGGCUAGUAAUUUACACAUGACUCAAACUGAGGGGCACUCGAAUCCCCUCCUCCCCUGCAGAUCGGUGACGGGGCUCAGGCCGACUGUAGGCUUUUGUGCUACUGGGGGCAAUAUGCAAGGUGCCGCUGGUCACCUCCCUAAGAACCUAGUAGUUAUGCAGCUUAACUGCAACGGGGUCAGAGGGAAAAUAACUGAACUCACCAAAUUACUCCACAACCGGGAUGUGGACGUGGCUUUACUACAAGAGACCCUUUUAAAGAAGCACCCAUUGCACAUCACGGGCUUCUCGGUCUACCGCUGCACCUGCGUAAGGUGCCGAGGUCUGGUAACACUAGUAAAGAACCACCUCACAGCGGAGCUUGUAGAAAGCAAAAACAUUGGUGGGACAGAUACUCUGACCCUGAAGGUAAUUUUAGGUGGGAAAUCUUUUACUAUAAGCAAUAUUUAUAACACUCCUAGGAACACUCUGUGCCUGCCACUGCAAGGCACAACUACUUUUAGUGAUAGGAUCAUAGCUGGUGAUUUUAACGCCCAUAUGGGGGAUAUGGGCUACCCUGAUACUAACGCCUCUGGGCGCUAUUUAGAGGAGGUUGAGCUCACAACCAAUCUUAUCAGACUUCAGAACGGUGACAGUGAACCCACACUGCUCCACACGGGAAAUAGUGCCCUGUCACGGCCCGACAUUACACUGGUCUCUGCUGAGCUCGAGGCAAAGACCCAGUGUGAAGUACUAGAUGAGAUUGGCAGUGACCACAAACCUACCCUCAUUACAAUCUGUCUUUCACUUAUAAGACCUAGAUUUGCUAGGAGACACUGGUUGUUUGGCAAAGCCAAGUGGUCCCUGUUCCAGGAGCGAACAGAACGCAUGAUUGCGGAGUCAACUGAGACUCCCAAUACAUCCAAAAGCAUUGACGAUGCAUAUAACGACUUUGUGAGUGGUAUCCUCACUGUGGCAAAACAAACGAUCCCGAGAACAAACGGGAACCGCAAGUUCCGUCCUUUUUGGAAUAAGAAUUUGGCAAAGUUAGUCCGUGAACGAAAGAGAGCCCGGACCAAAGCCGGUAAGUUGAAGACGGCCGCUGCUCGAGCGGCUUACAAUAAACUGACGGCAGAGGUCCGGCGGGAGGUCGAUAGGGCAAAAAAGGAAAAAUGGGUUAGUUCAUGUGGAAAACUCGACCUGAAAGACGGCAAAAAGGUCUGGCGAUUGAUGGACUCAUUAUCCUGCACGGGAAAAAUCAGGAAUCUGCGACCGUUGCAAACGACGACAGGCACGGCUACCACAGAUGCCAAAAGUGCCGAUGCCUUAAACAAGCAUUUUGCAAAGAUAAACCGGAAGCAGAAAGAGACCAGAGAGAGCCAGAACCUUAACCGUCUCCGGCGAAAUGGAGAAGUGGCCCAGAAGUGGGGGCCGCAUGCUGAAGUUUUCACCGCACCUUUCACUUUGGCCGAAUUGCAAACCGCCAUUAACAAGUGUGACGCCGCCAAGGCACCAGGUCAGGACAAAAUCUGCAACGAAAUGAUAAAAAACCUUGGCCCAAUAGCAAGGAAAACGCUAUUGGAAAUUAUCAACAGAACAUGGGUAACGGGAAUCCUACCCAAAGCUUGGCUAAGUGCUACCAUCGUCCCUAUUCCCAAAGAAGGGAAGAAACUCGAUAAACCUGAUGGCUACAGGCCGAUCUCCCUGACAUCGAUGUUAGGGAAGGUGGCCGAGAGAAUGGUCAACCAGAGACUCUACUGGCACUUGGAGAGCACUAAGAGUCUCAGCCCAAUACAGGCGGGCUUCCGCAAGGGAAUGCAGCCAGUGGACCAAGUGCUCCGUCUUCUCCAGUCCAUAACAGAUGGGCUCCAAAAGAAAUCCCAUACAGUGGCAGUAUUUUUCGACCUCAAACAAGCCUACGACCGAGUUUGGAGGUCCGGUCUAUUGUUGAAGCUGCAGGCGUUGGGAGUAACCGCGAACAUGUACAGGUGGAUCUCCGGUUUUCUCACAAACCGGACGAUAAACACGAAAUUCGGCGGUGAAACCUCCAGGAAGAGGACACUUGAGGAAGGACUCCCGCAAGGGUCUGCCCUCAGUUGCACCCUCUUCCUUGCCUACAUCAAUGACCUGCCACAGGUGCUAACGACUAGCUCUGCCAUGUAUGUGGACGAUUUGGUAAUUUGGAGCACCGGGAAGGAUGUCCACCGCCUGCAGACGCUAUUACAGCAGGACCUUUCUGCUAUCAACAGGUACAUGCGGCGGUGGCACCAGGAAAUUAACACCGAGAAGACGGUCUACUCACUCUUCACAAAUGGGCGGACCAUUCUCAAACAGGAGAUCGAGCUCAAGGUGGGCGAUGUAGCGCUAAAGUGGGACAAACAACCGGUCUACUUGGGAGUUAAGCUGGACCAAAAGGUACAAAUGCACAAUUUUGUACAGGACCUCUGCUCCCAGGCGACCGCCAAGCUUAACCUGGUGAAAAAAUUGGCUUGCACAAGUUCGGGCGCGAACGCAAGUACGCUUAGAGCUCUCUUUCUAAGCAGUGUAAGGUCGGUGAUGGACUACAGUAUGCCGGUCCAAUCCUUUGCAAGCAAGACCGCAUUGGAAAAACUGGGCCGAAUCCAGAAUCAGGCACUGAGAUUCAUCUGUGGCGCAUACAGGACUACUCCCACAGCUGCUGUAGAAGUCUUGGCCAAUGUAGAACCGCUACAAAUUAGGAGGGAAAAAUCCAUCUUAAAUACCGUAGAGAGGUACCGACGGCUCGGUGAAAAUGAACCAGCCUUUCAAAUGCAAAAUAACUGGGUGGGUGGCAGGAGACUAAAGAGGUCCUCUUUCAUGCACCAGGUCGUGGAGCUGGAGAGGACAGUCCCCCUGCCCCCAAAUAGAGAACGACUGACCCAAAUCCCAGUUAAUCCGCCUUAUGCGGAACCCUCACGCCCCUCCAUACAUUUGGCCUUGACAGAUGCAGCAGUGACGAAACGAAGCCCUGAACAUGUACAGAGAGUGGCUGCCCUUGAGACCAUGGAUGUGUUCACGCACAUACCUGUGAAAGUGUUCACGGACGGCUCUGCUGACUUUAGGAAAAGAACUGCUGGGUACGGUGCGCUUAUUCAGUACCCAGUAGGUGGACCACCCAAUGAAAAACUCUCCGGGCCUUGUGGGACUACAGCGUCAAACUUUGACGCGGAGCUUAUAGCUAUGCACAAGGCCUUGGAGAGAGUCCGUGUCACUCUGGAAGGGACGGAGCAUGCGGGGCUCGAUAUUGUCGUCUUCUCAGACUCAAGAUCCGCUCUUGAGAUCUUGGAGAAGAGACAGGGUACCACAAGCUUGGUCGACGUCAUUCACAACGACAUAUGCAGACUUGAUGAAAUAGGGUGCAAGGUUGAAAUGCAAUGGAUACCAGGGCAUGUCAACAUCAGUGGCAAUGAGAUAGCUGACACUCUGGCGAAAACCGGGGCUGCCCAGCCUCAGCCAGAAGUACCAAUGACUUUCUUGGGAGUCAAAAACUGGCUGGCGGACCACUUCAGGCAGAAGUGGUACAGGCAAUGGGCUGACAACACGACCGCCAGAGGCGUCUAUUCGAACUUGCCUACUCCUAGCAAACAAGACCCAUGGUGGGGGUUAGGUCGUAGAGUGCAGAGUUUAGUUACGCAGAUGCGCACCGAGCACUGCCCCCUGCGCACAUAUUUCUGGAGGUUGGACAACAACAGAGAUCCUACCUGCCGGCACUGCAGCCUGGCCCCAGAGACCUUAGAACAUCUGUUGACGGAGUGUCCCGCACUAGAUCUCCCGGGGGAAGCCAGGGCGGUUGGAGGAUCCUUUGUGAGGGAAAUGUUGUAUGGCUCAGCUCAACAGAUGGAGUUGAUAGCCAAUUUACUAGCCGGGGUCAUAAGAGAGUAAUCUCAGACCUUCACCAGAAUAUGUGCGUUAGUUAGUAGUAACUUAGUAGUAAGUAUACUGAUGCCAUUGCAAAGCUACAGGAAGAAUUGGAUCACAUUUUUCAGACUUCAAAACACAGACAGCCACUUUUCAGCUUUUUGCUGACCUUUUCUCCUUUAAUAUGCAAGAUGCCCUGCACAGGGAGGUGAAUGGAAAAACAGACAAGCAUGUACAUACUAUUGCACUGCCCUCAACUUUCCCUGAGAUUUCCCGGUUGUUCAAGCAGAUCAUAUGACUUUUUGGGAGCACCUACCUGUGUGAAAAGCUCUUUUUCCAUUAUGCACUUUAACAAGUCAAAGUUGAAGACCACCUUACUGAUGAGCAUCUUCAAGCUAUACUGAGGGCCUCAGUUGCUUCCUCACUCAAGCCAAAGCUGCUCAGCUGUGUAAAAAGUAGCUCUUCCAGGUCUCUGGCAAAUUUGAGUAGGUGGAAGAAAGUGAAGCCUAGUUCUUGAGAACCCUUAAUGUUUUUAUUUGUUAUUUAUAAAGGUUGAGCAGAUUGUAAGUUUUACUUUAAUGACUAUUUAAUAGCUUUUUGUGUGGAAUACUUGAUAUGGCCUCGUCUCAGUCAGACUCUACCUCCUGUGGCCCCCGGAUGAUUUGAGUUUGAGACCCCUGAUCUAAUGAAUUCUUUGAUUUUUACCAUUUUAAUUUAAAGUAAUUUAAAUUUCAAAAAAAUGUUUUUAAAUUAGUUUGGUUUAAGAAUAUUUGGAAAGGGGGGGGGGGGGGAAAAAUUAAUGCAAAGUAGACCCUUUAAUUCUUUGAUUUUUACCAUUUUAAUUUAAAGUAAUUUAAAUUUCAAAAAAAUGUUUUUAAAUUAGUUUGGUUUAAGAAUAUUUGGAAAGGGGGGGGGGGGCGCAAAAAUUAAUGCAAAGUAGACCCUUGAGUGCCCUUUGCUUUUAUAAUAUAAUUACAACCUAGAAUAUUUACCUACAAUAAUUAUUGUGGCUCUAAAAGAGCCAAAUGCCACCUAAAUAUAUGUUUAUUAAGGCUAUAAAAAUAUCACCACCAUGUUUCGCUGUUUGGUCAUAGUAAUGCUUUGUGUUUACAUAAAUAGCUGGCAAGAUAUCACUGUAUUAAUAUUUAACCCAAAGUAAAAACACACUAGUCUUUCCGUGCUGGUGACGUAAUUAUUUCUUUCGGCACCCAACCUCCCUCACCCUCUUGGUGGGGGAAUUUUUUUAAAGCGUGUCUCUUAAAAUUGUUGUUCUGACAGGUCUUGAUGGAGAAUCGCAAAAUUGUCACCAAAAUCAUAUAAGUAAUAAUAAUAAUAAUAAUAAAAAACAGGUCUGCAGUAGCCCUACUACAGAAUUAUAGUACUACGAACCCGUGAUACAUGCACACUCAUGUUAUUUCGUCAAUAGCAAUGUUAAUAGGCGUGAUAAUGAUGAAUUUCAAGAAAUGAAUGGUUUGAAAAGGCUUAAGUUUGGUUAAAAAAAAAUAAAAAAAAUUAAAAAAAAAUAAUAAUGGAAACUUUACUAUUUCCUAGGAUUAUCCAAUAUUCUUCACCUUUGCCUAUGUCAACAUUGAUGAGCAUGAUAAUGAUAAAUUAUAAUAAAUAUGAAAAAUGAAGUAAUUGAAUAAACCUAGGGUUCAAAAUUUUAUUGUUGAAAAAAAAAUUAAAACAAAAAUAAUGAUAAAAAUAUUACCUUAGUUUUUCUUCAACAGAACAGUUUACAUGUGUCUAGGCCUAAUUGAAAUGUAAUUUUAUGGAAAUAUAGGACCAGAAGGUCAUCAUGCAGCUGUGGGCAGCUUUCGCUUAGUAUUAGUCAUAUCACAUACAAUGAUAGCAAGACAUGGAGCACAAAUGAAUAUCAGAUUGUCGACCUAGAGACAGACAGACAGUGUGACUUCUGGUAGAUGACCGAAAACCUCAGUCACUAUCCGGCCGAAAGUCUCAGUCAAUUUUUGCCGAAACCGAAAUUAAACUGAAAGUUAAAUUUUCUCUUUCGGCCGAACCUGAAAUUAAGCAGAAAGUUAAAUUUUCAGUGUCUGCUGAAACCGAAACUAGGCCGAAAGUGAUCAAAUGGCCACUUUUGGUGCCGAAACUGAAGCCAAAGCCGAAAUUUGGUCAGUCUCUAACUCACAUGCUCAGACAAUUAAUAUAAAUAGAUAAUGUGCUCACCUGCUCAGACAGCUUAAUAUACCUGAUUGAUUUGAUAGCUAAGGAUUAGUUUGUCCUAAUCGGACAUCAUUCUAUCCUGUGAGCUAAUGUGACCAUCAUUCUAUAUUGUGAAGGAAUGUGACCAUCAUUUUGUCCUCAUCCCUAGAAUCAAGAAAGGCUACCCAUAUGAAGCUAGAGUGAUCACAAGGCUGCUUCCUGCCUUCUUGGCUGAUUUCUUCCCUGCUCAAGACAUUAUGAAUAAAGUCAUUGGGGAAUUUCUAUCAGCUCAUCAACCGUACCCAUACCUCAUAGCAAAGGUUGUCUUUCAGGUAAUAUCAAGUAAAUGUACCUCACAGCAAAGGUUGUCUUUCAGGUAACGUCAACACUACCCAAACCUCAUAGCAAAGGUUGUCUUUCAGGUAACAUCAACACUACCCAUACCUCAUAGCAAAGGUUGUCUUUCAGGUAACAUCAACACUACCCAUACCUCAUAGCAAAGGUUGUCUUUCAGGUAACAUCAACCCUACCCAUACCUCAUAGCAAAGGUUGUCUUUCAGGUAACAUCAACCCUACCCAUACCUCAUAGCAAAGGUUGUCUUUCAGGUAAUAUCAACCCUACCCAUACCUCAUAGCAAAGGUUGUCUUUCAGGUAAUAUCAACCCUACCCAUACCUCAUAGCAAAUGUUGUCUUUCAGGUAACAUCAACACUACCCAUACCUGAUAGCAAAGGUUGUCUUUCAGGUAAUAUCAACCCUACCCAUACCUCAUAGCAAAUGUUGUCUUUCAGGUAAUAGGAACUAAAGGUCCAGCUGCCUUUACUGAAGUGAUAACAGUGAUGUAGUUUAUAUUGAAACUAAUUUUACCGCAAAAAAUUAUGUGAUUUUUAAAUUGUCAGGAAAUUAAUAUGUAGUACAGAUCAACUGACACCAGCAAGUGUGUCACAAAAUUUGUGUCAAAAGAUAUUGAAAAAAUUUACUAAAAAUUGAUAUGAAAAAUUGUUUUGGGUAUUUUACCUAUGAUAUAAUCCAUCUAAUCUAAAAGCAAUAAUAGUUUGAGUAAAGUUAGUAAAUACAUUUAUGGUUUUAAUCAUUGAUAGUGUGCUGAGUAUGUUAUGCAUUGUUUGAGUGUACACAUUUUGUUCAAUACCUGUCACAAAGCAUUGUUUGUGUGUCCAGGUAUUCACCAACCUCCAUCAACAAAAACAACAAGGACUCGUCAAAGAGUGGGUCAUGUUGAGCUUGUCCAAUUUUACCCAGAGGUCACCAGUGUCCAUGGCCAUGUGGAGUCUCACACUGUUCUUCAUAAGUGCAUCCACAAAUGUCUGGCUGAGGGCCCUGUAUCCUUAUACUCACUUUGUUUAAAUCACCGUAGGAUGAUAAUGUUUGCAGGAUGCUAUUUGGUAUCUCUGAUUAGCCAGAUGACUCACCACCAGGAUGAUAAUGUUUGCGGUAUGCUAUUUGCUAUGUCUGACGUGCCAGGUAAAAUAAAAUAAAAUAUAUCAGUUUCUUCUUCGUGUUACGUUCAUUGAACCAUUUACUAUAGAAGAUAAUUAUACGAAAAUUACUACAUCUUUUGGAUCAAUCAAGAUUUAAUUGUACGAGAUAACAAGAGAAAAAUACUUUUGUAAUAAUAAAGAUAUAAUUGUAAAAGUAUAACCAUUCCUGGUAGAAGUUAGUCACAUGAUAUUAUUUGUUUAUUAUUUUAAGGAAACAGCUGUGCUAUUUAUUUGUUUUAAACUUAAACAAUUUUAAAAAAAAGUAAGCAGUGAUAAAAAUGUUUAAAAAAUUGUUUUGAUUUCUGACCAAUUAAAUGAAUAAGUCUGAUCUAAUGAAAACACAGAAUAGAAGUUAGUGUAGGGAUCUUAAGUUUAAUUGAAGAUGCUUUGUCUUUUCUUAACCCAUGUUGGAAGAUUUCCCCAUGUUCUUGGUCGCAUGGGCUACAUGGAGCCGAUGGACAGGCGGCUGUUUUGUUUGUGUGCUGUUGACUUCUACUGUCAGCUGACGGACGACGGCCACAAGAGAGCUUUUCUGGCCACCUUCCAGACCAUUGCCGCGCCAGACUCUCCAUACUCGGACCUGGUGCAGUGCAUCACUAUGUUGUAAUCUUACAUGAUACAGGGUUGGUUGACCAUGGUUGUAUGGAAUACAUUGGUAGCUUUUGAGACAGCAGCUAAUAUUAUUUUUAAAAAAUCUUUAUGGGUUAUAAAAAAAACAAGUGCUCACUGAUGUAAGAUUCCUG